UAGAAAAGCUGUUAAUUGCAUGAAACCUAUGGCCGGCAAGAAUCUACAUUUGAAAUCGUGGUUUGAGGUUUUGGCGCUCAUAUCUCUCUGCUUCCCUUGCCUUAUAUUCGCCAGCAGUAAGUACCGUAUACACAAUGAAGUCUGCUGAAAAGGUGCUUAUUUCCAAUUAAAGAAUCACUAUGUGAAUACUAAAAACCUUUUUCUCGUCUAGCUCCAUGCGAUUGCUCUGUUUGUGGGUCGUCUUGUAGCGGCAGUAUCAACUGCAAUCCCGGACAAUUUCUCGUAGUAAAUGGGAGCGAGUUUGGAUGUUUCGAUUGUCCGACUGGCCAUUAGUAAGUACUAUGUUCACCACGAUUUCCUCGUUUUUAUAUCUUGAGAGUGGAGUACUUAGAUCUUGUAUUGUUUAAGAGUACCCUUUAAGUCUGAUAAUGGCCUCUCUGGAGCUUACGAUACAAGCCAGAGAGUGCAUUAUCCAACGACGUAAAACACAGUGGUUAUAUUUAUGGCACUGUGUAUUGCAUAAGGUUAAAAUAUUAGUAGAACCUUUCAAGAUAUUUGUUUUGCAGAAACAAAAUGAUAUUCUUCUCUUUUAAUCAUCGCGUUUUGGAGAAAAAUACCCCUCAAUUAUCUCGAAUAAUAAAGGUGAAGAAUACGUAUCAAGUUUUAAGGUUUUACAUUUACAUGAUACAGUUGUAAUUUAUUAUAAGUUAACAUUACAUCCCACUGUUUCUAUGGGCAGCUGAUCAGUUCAAAGGCAAACAAUGAAAAUAAAGAUAAGGAUCUUAGUUGAAAGCUCCGUCAGCAAGUUACAGAUUUUAAUUUGAAAACAAAACACUCUAAAUUUAAGCAAUAAUAGCCCAGUAAAAAUCUUAGAAUUUGAAACUGGAUGGAUGUUUAUUAGGAAAAUGUGAUCUCUUGGUUUUCAGUGGAGGUCCUCUUAUGGGAGUUACGUAUGUCCUUAGUCUGAAUUCGAAACCUGUCGUCACGUAUAUUGAGGAGGAAGCUAUGUCACCAUUGGUAUUUUACUACUGUAUUUGUGCUUUUCUCUGUCACUGUUGCAGUUCAACCCAUCUUUGUGUCGUUUUUCGCCAUUUCUGCUGCUGUCCUGUGACGCUCUUUCAAGGCCCGAUGUCACUUGUCGGAAUUUUAUCCUUCUAGGGCUUCAUAAUACAAUAUUGAAUGUAUAUUGUAGUGCUUUCAAACCGUAAAUAGUGGGUUUCAGUAAAUUUGUUUUGGUGAAAGUGGAUUCUAAAUUUUUCCAUACAAAAUUGUUACACUACACUAGUAUUGGGUGAGCAAAGGGUUUAUGAUCACAUUCAUGUCAUAAACACUAAAGGACAAAGAAAAAAAAACUGCAUUGUUGGCUGUUAUAACGUACAGUUGGUCAUUGCUGUUGUUGCCAAAAUAUCAGUUUACAAUGUAAGCUGUCUUGUUGGGUUAAAUUCUGAUUAGAGGCAUGGUCUUGAAACACAGACACUCUAACAGAUAAGAUGGGAAAAUGACACCAAGGUGGAUUGAAACUGUGAUAGUGACAUAGAAAAGUACAAAUACAGAAAAAGAAUAAAGUCUUGUCAUGGACAUAACUUAUUCCUCAGUACAAUGAAACAAAGGGUUUUGAAAUUUAGACUAGGAACAAGGGUACCCCCACCCCACCCCAUAGAGAGGCCUCUGUUACAUGUAUGGUCUUGUGAAUGAGACAUCAUUUUUUGAAUUGUUGUGUGGUGGCCAUUAGUAACGUGAUUGAUAUGCUUUAUUAUACAGUUGUCCUGGAGGAAAGAAUAGCUCAAAAGCUUGUCCAGAAGGUUAUUAUAAUGACAGGGCUGGCCAAUCUGAUGUAGGAGCCUGCCAGGUAACACUAGUAUCUUUGCUUUCCUAUUCACCACUUUGGGAAAAAAAUUUGGAUAUGGGAAGACUUUUGAGGCUGUUACUAGGGACAGAGAAAAUAUUGGCCAACAGCUGACUGGUGCAUUCCCAGACACAUUUCAGACACAUUUUUGGUUCAGUUUAUAGACUGAACAAUAUUAAAUAUUGUUCAGUCUAUAAACUGAAAGGUUUUGACUGAAUAUUUUUUGUUCUGAUUGAUAGGAAUGUCCUGCUGGGUUUUAUUGCCCUGAUAAAGGCCAAUCACCAAAACCUUGUGAUGUUGGUUUCUAUAGCAACAGCACAGGACAAAUAAAAUGUCUCAUCUGCCCAGAAGGUUUCCGUUGUGAGAAUCUUGCUUCAAAACCCACUCCAUGUGCUGAGGGGUUCUACAGUGCUGAGGGAAACACAACUUGUACAAUAUGCCCUGGGGGUUACCAGUGUCCAAAUGGUACAUCUCCAGCGGUUUGUCCAACUGGACAAUUUGCAUCCAUUGGCUCUACGUCUUGUAAGGCAUGUCCUGCUGGUCAUCGAUGCCCUAGGCAGGGAAUGUCUGCACCAGAAAGCUGCCCAGAUGGACAGUACACAAACCAAACAUUACAGACAGGGUGUAACACUUGUGAAGCUGGUAGGGAGUGUCCAAAUGGUGACCGUUCUUUGUCAUGUCCAGCGGGUUAUUUCAGUAAAUACGGACAGUCCAACUGUACGUCAUGCCAAUCAGGGGAAUAUAGCACUGCUGGGUCAACAGACUGUCUUCCAUGUCCUGCAGGAAAGCAGUGUCUCGGCCCUGCACUGGAACCAGUCAAUUGUACUUAUGGUACUUUUUCUGGUCAAGGAGAAAGUGUUUGUAAGCCAUGUCCACAAGGUGAGCUUAGCUAAUCAAUAUAUGUAAAUGACUUGAUAAUCCUUCAGGGUUGAUGAAUGGUAUUUUUAUUUCCUGGUUUGCGCUUCAGACUGUUGGAGAGUAAUUAAGUUGAUUGUUUAUCACUGUUGUCAUAUUACAGGUUACCAAAGUACACCAAGCCGUACAUCUUGUACACCAUGUGCAGCGGGAUUCUACUGUCCUGAUGCAAGGUUUGCUUUGAUACAUGUAUACAAAUAAAUAUUUAUGAUUCUUGUCUCACUAACUGGAAUCCAAUAAUAGCAUUAUUAAUGAGAGCUGCAGCGAUAGCCAUUAUUUGCUGAUGCGGUGAACCUGGAGAACUAUGUUUUGAAUAUUAUGUGGUGUUUUUGUCUGGAUAACCCUUUCAGUCAGACAGUUAAACAGUCAAUUAAUAUAUUCAGUCAGACCAUCAGACAGCCAAUCAGUGAAUCAGACAGUGAAACAGUCAUUCACAGGAAAUCUAUUGUGGAAUACAGCAAAAUAGUGAGUUGGAUAGUCAGUCAAACAGACUGCUGUGAGACCAAUAGCGAAGCAGCCAGUCGGCAGACAGUCACACUUUUAUUUACUUGACAUAUAUUUAAACAAGACUCACAGCAUAUGACUUGUUUGAUUUACAGUAACCCACCAGUUCCAUGCCCUGCUGGAAUGUAUUCUUUAGGAGGAAAAUUUGACAACUGCACAGCAUGCCCAGCUGGAAGUGCCUGUCCUGAUCCUGCUGGUGCUCCUGUAGCUUGUACAGGAGGUAAGAAAUUUUUAUGUCAAUCAAGACAUACAUUGUCAUGUCUUAGGCCCGCUCUUCUGAUUGGCUAUUUAGUGGGUUUUAGCGCCUAUGCAGACAGAACUGACAGAAGCCUAAUGGUUAGCAGCAUUCACAUUGUAGAUUUUUAGACUGAAAUUGGACAGCUUAAAAUGGUCUUCUAAGAAGUUGCUUUUCUUUACAUCCAUAAACAAAUCGUAAUGUAUUUUAAAAAUUUUGGCAUUACUUUAUUUUGUCGAAAUAUCACGAUCGUGAUCUCCUCAGCUGUCUCCUUGCCAUAACACAAAUCACACUAAAAUUAAAACAAGAAUUUCCAGGCUUGGUGAAUUUUACUUUUUUUCCAUUUUAUUUCCCUAUUUUAAGCAGUAAGGAUGAUAUUUCUUUUCACCUCUAAUUAGGUUCGGCACAUGUUAAGUCUGACAUUUGAACUGGGCCUUGGCAAUAAUGGCAAUAAUAGUUUGUCAAUAAACUGAUUCAAAUACGAAGCACAAAAUACACCAUCAGUGCACAUAGAAACCAAUGAUAUUGUUGAGUAGCAGGCAUCUGUGUUGCAUUUCCAAGUGCUGCGUGUGCUGCUCUCAAGGGUGAGUGCCACCAUUAUUCAUCAGAAGAUUUAAGUUCAAUUCCUGACAGUUUACUUUCAUAUUUUUCAGCUACUUAUGCCGAGGCAUUAUCAACAUCAUGUAAGACUUGCCCAGCUGGCUACAGUUGCCCAGAGAAUAAAAGGACCCAAAUAUGUCCCUUUGAUGGUGCACUUGGCUAUUUCUACAGCACAGACUCAAGUGAGUCAACAUUAAAUAAAUAUUCUAUUGUAACACCCAGCAUCUGCAUUACUCUAUUCAUGCUGCUUGCAGUACUUGUGGAACUCACUGGCUUCUGCCUGUGGCCAAAUCACCCUUACCUGGCUGACCUAUAGAAAUGUUACAUCAGAUGAACUUCACUCACAAGGUGUUCAUGGCAACCCCAUAAGCAACAGCCACUCAUGGCACCAUCAUGCACAAAAAGGAUUCAGUAAAAAUAUUUACAAUGUACAGUGUACUUAACUUGUGGGCCAGUGCCAGAUUGUGAUAAUAGGGAAAAUUUCAUUUUUUUACACCAAAUUGAAACCCGUCAACAAUAGAUGAGCAUGGGGAAUGGUGCCUGAAGAAGGUGGAGCCACAAGACAAGCAGCACAGCCAAACAUGUAGGGUAUCCAUGACAACUCUGUGAGUGGCAACCAGUAGGCACCAUCAUGCUGAAAAUCAGUGAAAACUAAAAUACUUAUCACAUACUUAUCAUGCCAAGAGUGAUGGACAGGACCAUCAUUAAGAGGCGGGGCUGGGGUUUUCUCAGCUUCUUUAAAUGUGGCCCCCAGCUACGUUCAGGGGAAACAGAAGAAAAAUAUAACCAAACGAAAUCUCUAGCUGUUUUAACCCCCUCCCCCCUACCUUUUGUAUUUACCCUGCAACUUGAAAUCUUAGUGACAUCUUUGGAUGGGCAUGGUGGGGGCAAAAUCACUGAAAACUGCAAAGUAGAGAGAAACAAACAAGGAAUGACUUGACAUCUAAAGCCGAGCUAUAAACAGGUGAGCCCCUGCAAGCAAUCCCUGGUCACCUCACAUACCAACCCUUAGGGAAAACUGCUAGCCAGUAUUGUUUUGUGUUUAACUUAGCCUAAAUUACAUUUGACUUAAUUUAUUGUUUGUUUUUUCAGUGGUGUCCUGUGCACAGUGUCCCAAUGCAAGCACUGGUCAAAUCUGUGAAUCACGAUACAAACUGCCAGUCAGUUGCAAUCCAGGAGAAAUCCCUAGCAACAAUGGAACUGUCUGCAUCAGAUGCAGACCAGGUUAUUUCUGCAGCACCCCACAAGAGGGAGAGGUCCCCUGUACCCGGGCAGGAGAGUAUUCACUUGGUGGGGCUACAGAAUGUUACAACUGUCCAGUUGGUUAUGCCUGUGCAAACAGUGGCUCUCUUCCUCAGGCUUGUCCAGUGGGAGAGUAUGCCGCAGUAAUUAAUUCUGUGAGCUGCAGUCAGUGCCCACCUGGAUCCAAGUGUCCUACGACCACCAGUAAUCCCAUAGCAUGUACAGCAGGUAUGGACAUUGUUGAUACUUGUGAUACAUGUAGUUGUUAAAAUAAAUUAAUGUCUUCAUAAACACCUUUGUUUUACAUGUAAAAAUUUCUAUAUAUUUCUGAAGUGUUUGAAAAAUAAUUUUGUUGUGGAGGCAGUGGGGAAUGGAGAGUCUUGUAUUAAGGUUUGAGUUAGGUUAGUUUUUGUAUUAUUAUUACUUCAUCUCUAGUGAGAUAUGAAAACAUUUCUGAUGCCUGGAAUAAACUGUAUUUUUCUCUAGGUACAUACAGUAACGCUGGUGCCACAACAUGUACACCUUGCCCUCCUGGUUCUGCCUGUCCCAACACAUCAGACUCCACCAAAAUUAUAACGUGCACACCUGGUACAUACUCUGUUGCUGAAGCUACACAGUGUUCAACAUGUGCACCAGGAAGAUUCUGUCCUCACACUGAGUAAGUUAAAAAUGUAUUAAGCCUUGGUUAGCAAGAUACUGCAAAACAGAUACUAGCACUAUGUGCAAGUCUCUACAAUUUGAAAUAAAAUAAAGUUAUGUAUAAUAUAUGUACGCAUGAAGUACCAGGGGAAUUGAUGCCAAAGUGAUCUCAGAAGAAUGCUUGCACCAUAAAAUUUUAUUAAAUAUUGAACUCACAAAGUUUCUUUUAUAUCACUUUUCUUACAUGGGUGCCUAUUGUCUUUGGGAGAGAGAGGGUCCCCUUUUCUCUAGUUUUGAACAAAAACUUUACCUAUUUGGUUGUCUCAGAUCCAUGAUGUGGGGACAGCAUGGCUAAGUGGUUAAAGUGCCGGACUGGAGGCCCACCCUGAGUGCUAGCUGGAUUUGUUCUCAGUAGUCCAAAGUUCAAAUCCUCGGCUACACUCGUAAAUAAAGAGCCAUCUGGUUUGCUUUCUGCCAUUUAGGAUUCUCAGCCAUUAUUUUUGUUAUGUGUCGUUUCUGAAAAGCCCCAUAAAUGGAAAGGAUAAUUAUUCAUGAUGCAAUUUAACUGUCCAACAGUUUGUAAUAAUUUAAGUUUAUUAUCGUUAUUUGUCUUUUAAAAACAGUAAAGAUAUUGAAUUGCCCUGUGAACCUGGCUACUUCUCAACUGGCAGUAAAGACUCCUGCGAUCCAUGUCCUCCAGGAUAUAAGUGCCCCAGUGCUGAUGGCAGCAGCAAUCAACCAUGUCAAGAUGGUGAAUAUGCAAUUGGAGGUGCAACAACGUGUACAAUUUGUCCCAAGGGAUUUGCCUGUCCUAACAGCACAACUGAUUACAUGAUUAAGUGCGAGGCAGGAUAUUAUGCCACUAGAGGGAAGACAGAGUGCACGGCAUGCAGAGCUGGAUUGUAAGUUUUAAGGAUUAACUUGAGAUAUUCACAUGUAUGUGAAUUUACCUCUGCAGUGCUGUGGAUUGGCUUUAAUUUGAUUUCAUGUCAUCCAUUUUCAUUGCCUACAUGAAUAAACUACUAUUUGACUGUUGAAAAAAAAAAAAAAGAAUGGGACGUUUCUUGCAUUAACAUUAGCACAGCAAUUUUUUUGUCUUCUCCUGCAUGGCUCAGUCAUGAUGCUUUUUUGUUAGAUUCCCUUCCAGCUAUAUCAAAUAUCAAUUAUUGCUUUGUAAUACACCAUGCACAUUUUUCUUCCAGCUAUUGUCCUUACACUGAUAAAAAGGAAGAACUUCCUUGUGAGUUGGGUUAUUAUUCUACUGGCAAUGCAUCAUCAUGUGAGAUAUGUCCACCAGGCUAUGAAUGCCCUUUCCAGGAUCAGGCUGUAAGGUAUGAGGGACUAAUUGCGGGUGAGAAGAGGAGCCCACAAUCCUAAUCUCCAGGUUGUCAUUAUGCAUGCAUCGCAUGUAUGUAGCCAGCAUUGUUUUGGACUACCACUAAGAUUGAAUGGAAUGCACAGAACGCAAUUUGGUCUUGGGUGUUUAGACCUUCUAUCACUCGUAAUCUGAUCACACGUGUUUUGACCAUCUGUCACAUGAAACUUAUGCAAAGCACAGCAAUAGAGUAAAAGGGUUUUGACCUUCGAUCAUUGUUCCCAGCACUCUGUAACCUUUUGUUAUUACAAGUAGUAAAAAUAAACUCUUUUACACCCUUGUUGUCUGAUGGUGGCUGGCCCUAUAAUCUGUGAGGAGAUCUGGAAAAUGGCUGUAGGCUUUGGCAUACAGUCUCUUAACAUUGCUGAACAAGUCAGAAAAACUUUAUUUAAUGAACACAAAGCUGACCAAUUACUUUGUUUACUUUUAAGUUAAUCCAAGUCAAUGAGAAAAAUUUUUCCCUUGGAGAUGGUAACAUUAUUUUGUUUCCAUAUGCUAUUAAUUGUGCAUCUUUUUAUUUCUCAAACAUUUUUUAUUUCAUUUGUAGGAACCUCUGCCCGAAUGGAACCUAUUCUCUAGGGGCUCAAAUCAAGUGCACCAUUUGUCUCCCUGGUAGCAAGUGCCCUUCAAUAACUGAAGGACCCACUAUUUGUCCUCCUGGAUAUUUCAGUGAAACAAAUGCUGCUGAAUGCAAGCUUUGUGAGGCUGGCAAGCAGUGUGCUGAUCCAGCUUGUGAGUUUCUUUUUUUUUCUCCAUUUAUUAAACUUUGUGAAAUGUCAGGUGUGUUUUUUUCACAAGCCAGCAUUGUCAUGUGUUUCCUUGUUUUCAGUUCUAAAAAAUGAUAAUUUACUACAGUAGAUAAAAGCCCCAAACCUAGGGCAGCUUGAAAAAAAUGGAGUCUUGGUCUGCAGACCAGAAAUUCCCUAACCAAAUAAAGAUCCUUGGUCAAGGUAAAAAUGUUUGUCCUCUUAAACUGUUGCACUUCUGUUUUUCUACUUUAGCUCCUACACCCUGUCCACCAGGAUAUUACUCUAGUGUUGGCUGGAUUCAUUGUUUACCUUGCAAGCAUGGAUACAGAUGUAAAGAAGGAUCAACCACAAAUAGUCCACCUGAAGGUAACGAAACCAUUCAAAACUUUUACUCCUUAGAGAGUCAAUACGACUAUCCUUAAGAAAAAUCCUUAAUUAUAAUGUUAAAAAAUGAACAACAAGUUGUAUCUUGUGAAAAUAUUACCAAAGAAGUUUCAUUUAAAAUAAACGAUCAAUGAUAACCAUCUUGAAACAAAACUUGGUAAGUGUACCAAUUAGCUUUGUGAAAACUGAUCGGCAUACUCAGUGUGCGAAGAAAGUGGUGUCCAAUAGGCUGGGGCGAGUAGAUUUUGCUAUUGGGCUAGCUAGUGAAUUCUGUUCUUAACUUGCCCUAGCGUGCAAGUGAAGUUUUGGGAGAAAUUCAAAUUUGAAGAAGAACUGUAAUCAAUCCUACUAUUCAAAAAUUUUGUGGGGUCAAUUAAAGUGACUCUUCUAGUACAUACUAGCCCUAGCUUGCCCGAAUGGCAAUCUGUAAAACUGAUUUUCUUUGCAUCAUGUAUACUUUAGAUUAUCCACCAUAUACAAACUCUACAAUGCUAUUAAAAUGAACUUACUGUGUCAUUGCUCUUUCUUUUUGUAGAUGUGUGUCCUGAGGGAGGAUGGUGUGAUGGUCGCACCCUGUUCCCUUGUCCACCAGGAACUUACAAUCCACACAAUGGAUCCCAGUCUGACAAAGCCUGUUUGCCAUGUCCAUUGGGUUAUUAUUGUCAGAACAGCGGCACAGUUGACUACAGACCAUUUGUUUGUCCACAAGGGCAUUACUGUCCCUUGGGAACAAAAUUCCCCAAUCAGUUCCCUUGUCCCGCAGGCACAUACAAUCCAAAUGUCAACCAGACUUCACGAUCCCUGGCUUGUUUGCCUUGUACUACUGGUAAUUACUGUGUUGCUGGUUCAAUUCAACCAACUCUUUGUCCUCCGGGUUACUACUGUCCAGCUGGCACUGGUGCAAGGACACAGUUUGCUUGCCACGCUGGAACAUACAAUGAUGUCUUUGGGCUAAAGAAUUACACAGAAUGUAAAGCAUGUCCCCCUGGAUCAUACUGUCCAGAUGGCUCUCUAACUGAACCUACAGUCACACCCAUUCCAUGUCCUGCAGGGACGUACAACCCCAACUGGAAUGUUGGUUUCUUGUUGAACUGCAUUCCAUGCACUGCAGGGUACUUCUGCCCACAGGCGGGGCAGGUUAAUGCAACAGAUUAUUGUUAUGAGGGAUACUAUUGUCCAAAUGGCACCAUUGCUGGGCAUCAGUUUCCCUGUCCACCUGGAACAUAUGGCGACAGAGCUGGCCUUACUCUGCCAGAUGAAUGUUUAAUCUGCCCACAGGGGAAAAUCUGUGGCUGGGGCACUGGUAUAAACAACAACAAUACCUGGACAGAUUGCCGUCCUGGUCACUAUUGUCCUCUAGGUGAGUUGUGUGUAAAUGAUGGGUGGCUACAUGUAGAAGAAAAACCCCAAGUGACCCUUUGAGAAACUGCUAUUUUACCCUUCCAAUUUGUUGUGCAUUUGCUUGUGAAUCAAAAAGAGAAUUCAUUAUUAGAUCAUCAGUCAAAUGAGGCCCUGCUUAUUGCAUGACCCCUUCAAGAGAAUGCCUCAGUGGAAUUUUUUUUAUACCUGCUCCCUUCAUUUGACUUCCUUAACUUCAACCACGUCAACAAGUAUUAAAACAGAAUAAAUUGUAAUAACUAGCUCUGAAGAAACCUGAAACACUUUAUUUAUUAUUAUAUAAUAUCAACAUUUUAAUUCUUCCUACUGUUUUUCCCAUUUUUACAGGAACAGGCUCAGCAACCAAGUUUCCUUGUCUUCCUGGAACAUACUCAAGUAGAACAGACUUAUUUAAUGCAUCACAGUGUGACAUAUGUGACCCAGGAAAGUACUGUCCAGGUGGAGAAGCCACACCUAGAGGUUCAUGCCCUCCUGGCCAUUACUGCCCUGCUGGAACACGAGUGGCUGAACAGUUUCCAUGCCCAAAUGGAACUUAUAAUCCAGAGUUUGGAAAGUCUAGUGUAGAUCAAUGUCUGAACUGCACUCAAGGACAUUUUUGUGAGAAAGGAACUGUACAGCCAGUUCCGUGUCCAAUUGGUACGUGUAUUUCUUUGUAUAUAAUAUGUUUAUUAUCCUUUAAAAGAGAAAUGUGCUGUUUUACAGUAUGUAACAACUGAUGGAAAACAUCACAGGACAUGAGAGGCCCCAGAAGAAAAUAUUGACUUGAAAUCAUGUCUUUUAACCAUUAAUUUUAACGUCUAAAGAACUUUAAACCACUGGCAAUAUUUCAAUGAAGCACUGGCCCUUCUACAUGUUUAAAAAUGUUUUAUUUAAAGUUGUUUCUACAUUUAGUAAUGUAAUGGGUAAUAAUGCAGUAUAAAAAUAUUAUUGAAGGGCCAAGUUUUUUGCAUGGAUUAAUUGGCACAAAGAAGCCCUAAAGUCAAGGGCCAUUAUUGUUGCUCUUUUCAUCUUUCAAAAUGUCAUUGGGCCAUCAAUUACCUAUUAAGGAAAAUAAAAGUUUGAUUUGUAGGUGGGAUGCUUUUCCUCUCACAGAGAAACUAAGUCCUUUCUUGCAUCUUUUUUGUGUAGGAACAUACAUGCCAUAUGGUUACAACUCAACUAGUGACCAAGUUGAGGGAAGCCCAGCUGGAUUCAAAGGAGCUUGCCUUGUUUGUGAGGCAGGACACUUUUGUUUAAAUGGUACUGUGUUACCCUAUCCUUGUGGUAAAGGAAAGUAUACUAAUCCUGGACAAUCAGUUUGUCAGCAAUGUUUAGCAGGCCGUUACUGUGACAGUGAAACAACCACAGAGACAGCAAUGAAUACCACCAAGUUGUGUCCAGCAGGACAAUACUGUACUGUUGGAUUAAAAGAUGUCAGUGAGGCUACAAACUGUAGCAAGGCUCACUACUGUCCAGAAGGUAUGUAACUUAAGCAUGUUCUUGAGAGUUUUAAUUUGUUAUGGAGAAGCUGUGGGGAAAAUGAGGGAGUUAGUGGGACAGGUGGUGGGGAUGGUUUUCUUUUCAGUAGGUUAUUUUGGUUGGAUCCGUUUUGUGCAUAUUUUGCUAUUCUUUACAAACACCUUUCAUGUAUCCUUUACCUGCUUUUAGAAGGUAACACAUAAAGAGGCCGUCAACUACAGCUCUUUCCCUCAAUACAGCCUAGUCCCCAUAUCACAUAUCCUGGUAUUAAUUUUUUAAUCCCCUCCAUAAGUUCAUGGUGACCUGUUCUUAAGAGCAUACACUGAAAGGCCAUGAUUGUCAUCAUAUCUCACUUAUAGGUACUCCAAGAGAAAUCCCUUGUCCUGUUGGAACGUUUAACCCAAAUUUCAAUGGUGAAAGUGUUUAUGACUGUACCAUGUGUACUGCUGGGAAAUACUGUCUGGAGAAGUCCAUUCAUGAGACAGGUGACUGCAGCCCUGGACAUUACUGUCCCACCAACAUCACUGAUGGUGUCUCCAGCUUGCGCAUUGGUUCUUAUGGUCCAAAACAAGUUUGCUGCCCCAAGGGAACGUACCUUAAUGAAACAGGAGGGAGGUUUGAGGCAGACUGCCGUGAAUGUGUUAUUGGGAAUUACUGUCCAACUGGAUCUGAGACACCCACAAUUUGUAUAACAGGUCACUACUGUCCACCUGGGUCUGGUGACCCUGUGCCAUGUCCUAUUGGGACAUUCAAUAACCACAGUGGAGCAUAUUAUUUGGAAAACUGUACAGCUUGUACACCAGGAUGGUAAGUAGAGGCUGUCUCAGAAAGAAAGUUGUCAACAGCCAAGGAAACUCACCUGACAUCAUCAGCUACCAUUGAAGUGCCAUAAGGUUUAGUGAUAAUAUUGUUGUAAUUAUUUAAACAAAGACUUCUUAUUUGCAUCUGGGCAUCAAAUGAAAGGGAUUUUGAAGCCGUACGUAAUUGCAGUAAGAUUCUCUGAGGUUACACUCCUUCCUUCAGCAUUCUGCCAUUGUGUGUUUAAUUCAGCAGUUUUGCAGUUCCUAUUUUUUAUGUGACAUUUUUAGAAGUGUCAGGCAUUUUUCAAAACCACUGGGGUGGCAUUAAAUGCACUGCUAUUAAUUGUUUACAUGUACAGCUUUUAUUUUAAUCUAUUAAACUUCAAAUGUCAUUGUUCCUAUUGUUUAAAGGUACUGUGAUGCACAAGGUCUGUCCAUUCCUAGAGCACAAUGUGAUCCUGGUUAUGUCUGUUAUGGUGGAGCAUACACAGGAACACCCAAUGAUGGUGUCACAGGGCAACCAUGUCCUGAAGGCACAUUUUGUGUAACAGGGUCGUUUGAGUUUGAUUCCUGCUCUCCUGGAACAUACAGUAAGAGUACAGGAGGAACAAGUGAUCAGGACUGUCAGCUUUGUGACCCUGGUUAUUACUGCUCUAAGAAACAGUUAACAGCACCAGAGGGGCCAUGUUACCCUGGUUAUUACUGCCCAGAAGCAUCCAUUGCUCCAAAUCUCACAGCCACACCUGCAGGUCAUUUCACACGGCUUGGAUCAUCAGAGCCGCAGCCUUGUUUGCCAGGGACUUAUCAGCCUCAUGACAGGCAAAGUAGCUGUCUUACUUGCCGGCCAGGAUUCUAUUGUCCAACAAAGAACAUGACCAGUGACAUUGAGUGUGAACAAGGAUUCUACUGCCCUCCUGGUUCAGACAGACAAUUUGCAUGCCCUGCAGGAACAUUUAACAAUCAUACAGGACAGGUGUAUAACUCAAGCUGCCUGGGAUGCCCUCCUGGAAAGUUCUGUAAUCCAACAGCACAAGCUGUUCCUACAGGUACACUAAGUCUAACUUUUAAGGCUUUGUUCUUCCAAUACUUUGUUUACUGUGAGGCUUGUUAGACCAUGCAGUAGUUUGUUUGUAGGGUGUUUAAGAUGAAUUAUCACACUUUUUCAUAUUCUGAUGACCAGGUGACUGUGAUGCUGGCUAUAUCUGCUUUUACAAUGCAACAAGACCAACACCAACGUUUGAAGAAGGUGUUCUGGAAUGGGGUCGACUAUGUUCUGCGGGCCAUUACUGUCCAGCUGGGACUACUUAUGAAAUACCUUGCCCUGAGGGGACAUAUCGGUAAGUUUACAGACCACGGUGAGAUGAUUUGUCGGUAUCUAGUCAGAUGUAUAUCCAAGAGAGUCUGAUUUAUACUGAUCAGAGCCAAAUUGAAAUGUCUGUCACCAUUAAUGUCUGUCUUAAAAGAUUUUCUAUUCUUAAACUUUCGUCUGUUGGUACUAAAUAAAUUUACUCCCUCACUGUGUCUCUGUAGCAAAGUAACUGGUGGAGGAGCUCAGAGUGACUGUCAACUGUGUGACCUUGGUCAUUACUGCAAUGGCACAGGCAAGACUGAUGUUACUGGUGUCUGUGCACCUGGGUAUCAUUGUCUACGUGGUGCUAAAAUACCAAAACCAAACAAUGACUCCACAGGAGGCAUCUGCCCAAGAGGGCACUUCUGUGCUGCAGGAGGGCAACCAGAGAAAUGUGCACCAGGUACCUGAGUAUUUGUCACUGGUCUAUUUAAACAUAUUUCACCGGUGAAGUUUGCCAUAAGAGAAACAAAAAUCUCAUCAAGAGGGCUCACUUCCAAAAUAUCAUUUAAUAUAAUUAAUAUUGCAAUAGAUAGUAAUUUGUCAAAAGCGACAGUCAAACAAAGAAGAGAAAAGGAAAGCUGAGAGGUGAGAUUUUUCUGAUGGCGUAAAUAUAAUAAUGAUAAUGAUAAUGAUGACAACACAGGAAAGUACUACUAAGUAGCUUUCAUUUGAAUGGUCACACUUAAGGAUUAGUAGCUUUCAUUUGACAGGAUUUGUAGUACAGUCUAGGAUUUCAUGCACAAUUCAAGCAACAUGAAUAAGGUAGUGUAGGUGACAUGGUCUCAUGGAAAAUGUAACAUUCAAGGCGGGGGUUGGAAGAACUAAACAAAUGAACUCUAUAACCAACAUUAACAAACCUGUAAUAUUUUCCUCUAGGUUCUCAUGCUGCUAUUGAAGGAAAGGAAACAUGUGAUGAAUGCCCUGCUGGUACAGAAUGUCUGUCUGGAACAGUUGACCCACCACCUUGUCCACAAGGCUACUACUGCUUAAUUGGCUCAGUAAAUAAUGGGGCAAAGCAAGCUUGCCCUGCUGGAACAUUUGGCAAUAGAACUGGACUCAAAGCAGAAAGUGAAUGCACUUACUGUUUAGCAGGCCAUUACUGUGAAACACCAGCAUUGACAGGCGUUACCGCACAAUGUAAUGCUGGUUACUUCUGCCUGAAAGGAGCGUCAAAACCAACACCACAAGAUGACAGUCGCAAUCCUCCUUGGUUUGGUGAAUGUCCAGAAGGUGGUUAUUACUGUGAGGAAGGUGUUUCAGCUGAAAAACCUUGUCCACAAGGAUCAUUUGCACCUGGUAUUGUUGGCAGGUUAACCUCACAGUCAGAAUGUACUUUGUGCACUGCUGGCCAUUACUGUGCACUUGGGCACCAAGAUGCAGUAACAGGCGAGUGUGAUGCUGGUUACUUCUGUCUUGAAGGGUCCCCAACAAAAAGACCUAACUCCACCUAUGGGGGUAUCUGUCCUCCUGGUUUCCACUGCCCAUCUGGUUCACCCUUGCCAAAGCCAUGUCUGCCAGGAACAUACAACAAUGCAAGUGGUCAAGCAACAUGUUUGGACUGCCCAGCAGGUUUUUACUGCAGUGGAAAUACUACCACCCCCGUAGAGUGUCCUUCUGGAUAUUACUGCCCACAGAACACAAAGUAUGCAAAUGAUAAUGCAUGCCCUGAGGGAACCUUUAACAGCUUGACAGGUAGAUCUGCUCCAGGUGACUGUGUCGACUGCACUGCUGGAUAUUAUUGUGAUACUCAAGGUAAGAUAUUUUUCAUGGAAGCAGCUUGAAAUAUGCACUGCAACAUAGUCCCUUAACGGUAAUAACAAGUCUUUGUUAAACAGAGCAUUUUUCUAAGUUUGAUUUUCCGGAAAAUUAACUCUUUCAUUCACAAAAUGGAGUCAUUAAAGACUUAUAUGCUUCUCUGUGUCUAGCUUUUGAGUCUGAAGGGAAAAUCCCCUUGAUUGGCUAUGCCUUGUAAAUUACAAUUUGAGAGUUUUGUCGUAGUGUGAUAUUUGUUACCCCUGGAAGUUUUUGGGAGGUUGAAGUUGUGAUGACCAAGAUUCUGUUAGCCUAGGGGUAAUACAAGGUGCAAUGUGCUCUUUUUUAUGCUGCAAAAAGGUAACAAAAUACAGUAGAUAGCAUUGUUAUUCCUAGUAUCAAAAUAAUACAAGGGACUGUGAUUUUCUCUAAGAUAUUUUUAUAUAUCUUGCUAUAGAAUAGAAUUCUCAUGUUUUAAGUACUUUGUUGAUGGACUAAUCAGUGUGCAUGCAAGAAAACUACACAACGUUAAUUGUUUUUUACUUACUUUUUAUUAAAGGUCAAUCCAAUGUCACUGAUAUGUGUGAUCCUGGGUACUACUGUAGUGGGGGUACAACUGCUGCCAGACCAGUCACCAAGGGAGGAAAGUGCCUCAAUGGGACCUACUGUCCCAAGGGAAGCUCUCAACCUCUGACAUGUCCUGAAAGAAAGUACUGCGGAAGUGAAGCACUCUCAGCACCAUCAGCAGAUUGUGCAGCAGGGUUUUUCUGUCGUAAUGGAUCCAAAACAGACAGACCAACAGAUGGCAUUACUGGAGAUGAGUGUCCAGCUGGGUCAUACUGUCCUUCUGGAAGUUUCACGCCCACACCAUGCCCUCCUGGGACAUAUUCUAAUACCACCAGGAAUGAAAAGGUAGAGGACUGUGCUAACUGCACCAGUGGGUAUUACUGUGAAGGGUAUGGAAACAAAAAAGAAACAAACAAGUGUGAAGCAGGGUUUUACUGUCCUCCUGGUCAAAAGGUUCGGAAUCCCAAUGGUUUGGAGUGUACUCUUGGGCAUUUCUGUCCUGCUGGUUCUAAAGAACCAAUCCGAUGUGACAGUGGAACUUACCAGGAUACAAUUAAUCAAGUGUCUUGUAAGGUAUGUGGUUAUCUUGUACAGGGAAAGUUUAUGUCUUAAUCUUGUACAUGAACAUGAUUGUCACCAUCAUUACCAUUGUCAGGACAUUUUUGGGCUCAGUAAGUUUAGACAAAAUGUCCAACAGCAAAAGAUUAUUUGAUGUUUGGAUGGUUUGUGAGAGCCUUGAUGACUGAUAAUUUCGUCUUGCACCUUAGGUAUGCCCAGAGGGAUUCUACUGUGAUAAUCGCUAUGCACCUGUGGUGCUCUACCAGAAUAGCACCUGUCCCCCAGGUUUCUAUUGCCCAAAUGGCACUACAUAUGCAUUUGAGUUCCCAUGUCCUCUGGGGUCAUUCAGCAAUGUCUCUGGUCUAUCUCAUGUCACUCAGUGUACUCCAUGCCCUGGUGGUUAUUACUGUGAUGAACUGGGGCAGACAACCUUCACCAAGAAAUGCGAUCAAGGUUGGUACAUAUCUCCGUAAAAGAAUUAAUACCAAUAAAAAAUUCAAUGAAAUCCCAAAGGAUGAUGCAAACGUACCAGCUCAAUGCCUCCUUGUAGCUUCUUUGAGUUCAAACCACUUUUAAUUCCUCUUUAUCAAAGCUUCCCAUAUCACCAGCUGCUUGUGACUCUGCCUUUUCAUUAGGCUUUGCUCUGUGUGUCUGUUUCACUGCAUUAUUGACAGAUUUGCAUGUAUAUCUCAAUGAAACCCUCUCUGUACUCAACUUCAUUUCAGUAGAACUCCAAUAGAAAAAUCGCCAAGGAACUGGCAAAACCAUUUGUUAUGUCGCAAAAUGUAUGUCAGGGUCUAUUUUCAUUUGUUUAUCUUUCACUGGGGUAAAGAAUGCCAUUUUUUAUACAAGGGUUUUUGUUAUAUAGGGUCAGUCUGCUAUAUCUGGAUGUAAAUGUAUGAAUGUUGGUUGACACUCACACCAGCUCUGUUUUAAUCCAGCUUAUCACUGUAGCUAAGUGGUUACUGGCUUCCUUCACUUGAACACAGCUCCUAUUGAUAUUGUUAUCAUUCUUAUAGGAUAUUUCUGCAGGAGCGGUUCAACUGUGGCAACACCUGAAUACAACAUCACAGUGCAACUAAUAGAUAAUACAACUACGUUAUUGUGCCCUCCUGGGACAUUUAACUACACAGAUGCUGGGCCAUGUCCUGCUGGCUUUUACUGUCCUCUUGGCACUGCAGAACCAGAAAAAUGCCCACCAGGGACAUUCAGCAACAAAAUUAAACUCUUCUCCAUUGAACAGUGUGAGAACUGUACUGCAGGAAAGUACUGUGGGACCUUCAACUUGGUCAAGCCAACAGCACCCUGUCGAGAAGGGUACUACUGUCCCACAGGUUCAUCUCGGGCUGACCAGAUCGAGUGCCCUGCUGGAAGAUAUUGCCCUGAAGGAAAUUUCGAGCCUGAGCUGUGCCCCAAUGGAACUUACAGAGACAUCACUAAGGGAAUAUCUGUUAGCGAUUGCUUCAACUGUACACCUGGAUAUUACUGCCAAGGUUUUGGGCUGACAAAUGUAACUGGCCCUUGUGCAGAAAGGUAUUUUGCAAUAAGAUCUUUGUUUUCCUGUUAUUUACCACCAAGGGAUACUUUUGUCACUUUGGUGGGAUUAAAAUGUGCCUUGACCUUAUGCAGAAAGAUAUUGCUUGGAAAAUGGAUGCCUGUUUAAGACUAUAUAUUUAUCCUUUCUUUUCACUUACAUUACUCUGCAACAGGCAAGUUUUUCUGUUCGUUUAGAAUUGAAUAUGCAUGAAAAUGAAAUAUGUGACGAAAUGUCCCAGUGGCAUUCUUCAGAUUUCAAGCAAUGGGGAUGAUCGAAGGAGGGCAAAAUUAUCCUGGUCCAAACACUAACCUGAAAAAAAUUUCCUAGCUUUAAACAUUUCCAGGAAGCAUUCAAUGAUAUAACACAAAAAACAAAAACAUUUCCUCUGUCUCUCUCUGUAUAUGAUUUUGGUUCCAAAUUUUUAUUCUUUUCUAGCAUUUUUUAGGGUCAAAGGCCUUUCCAGAGUUUUAAGGGUUUCAGUUGUUGUUUGGACAAUGUCAGACUUUAUUCCAUAGGAGAAAUACUAGAAGUUUAAGUCAAAAUGUAAAACUGGACUUCUGUUGGUGUAUGGUCAAAGAGGUCCAUAGGACUAAAGAGGACCAGAAACUGAUAUGCAGCUGUGCUAUGUUUGCAUGAAGAAAUCAUGUUUGUCAAGGUCUCUAUUUUGGCCUCGAAUCCUCAGAUUGUUUUGAAUACCCAAACAAUCCCUAUUUAAAUCAAGCCACCCAAAAAAAUACUUGCCUAAUUUUCCUACCCAAAAAAAUCCCCGAAUCAAAAAUUUCAAACCAAAAAAAAGUCCUCCAAUCAUCCCCGUCACUUGAAAUUUAGAGUAAUCCCCCUGGGGAAAAUGUAUGAAUAUUAAUAAUCACAGCCUUCUGUAUACAGAUACAUAGAUACUUAGAGAGAGAUGUACCUCGAUAAACCAUACUUUUGCCUCCCUGCAUUCCUGUCUCUAUUGUUCUUUGGUUGUUGUCAAGAAGUAUAAGCUACAGUGGUUAUUAGUAAUUGUAAUUUCUAUUUGUAGGUAUUACUGCCCAGGAGGCAACAGUGUAAGAGACCCUCAUCAGUUCUUCUGUACAAUUGGUCAUUUCUGUCCAGGAGGGACAUCAGAACCCAUCCCUUGCCAAAAUAACAGCUUCGCCAAAGCCACUCAUGCAAAAGAAUGUUCUCUAUGCCCAGCUGGAUUUUUCUGUAAGAUUGCUGGUGUUCCUAAGAAUUGCACAAGAGGUUAUUAUUGCCCCUAUGGUACAGGCAUUGACUUGAAACCCUGUCCAAAAGGAACAUAUGGAGCUCAGGAAACCUUAGAAAGAGUCUCCCAAUGCAAGUCUUGUGACCCAGGCAAAUAUUGUGCAUAUGAGCAUGCUACUAACUACACUGAUGAAUGUGAUCCAGGCCACUGGUGCGCUUAUGGCGUUGACAGACCUGAUCCCAUUGGAGAUAACAUAACAGUGUAUAAUGCAUCAAGUGGAAAUGACUCAUGCCCACAUUAUGAUGGUAGAGAAACAGGCUAUGGAGGUAUUUGUCCAAUUGGUCACUACUGUCCUCGAGGCUCAAAAGCACCAUUACUAUGUCCUGCAGGAAAGUACUGCCCUGUUCCUAAGCUCAGCGAGGGGCUGACCUGUGUGGAGGGUUACUACUGCCCUGGAAAUAACUCUGAAUAUGAGUCCCGCCCAUGUCCACAAGGGUAUUUCUGUCCUAAUGGCACUUCCCAGCCAUACCAAUUCCCUUGUCCACCAGGAACAUACAACAACAGAACACGACGGACAAGGAUAGAUGAUUGUGUCAGUUGUAGCCCUGGAUUCUACUGCCCUGUUGAAGGUAUGUUUGCCAACAUUUUAAGUGCUGUAGCAGUAUCAUGGUUUAAAGACGACAAGCAUGCUGAUAAUACGAUGUCUUAUUCUGUCAAAUGUCCUUCGGUGUGAGAGUCCAAAACGUGAAAAUCCAAGACAUUGAACAGUUUAGUUGUGUCGCAGCUGUGGGGAGAAAGUCCAUCUCUUAAGCUUUCCACUCCUAACACUUAACUGCUGGAAGAUUCUAAAAAGGCAAAUGCUACCAUGCUAAAGAACUGACAAAGUGUCAUUUAGUUACACGUUAGGAUCUAGUCAUUUUACUCAAAAGUUAGUCCCACCAUUAAUUUUUCUUAAACUAUAAACCCCAACGGUGAAAGAGCAAGCAUGACACCUUACCUGAUUUCUUUCUACUUACUGUUCUAUUUACUUAUUUUACUGUUUGUUAACAGGAAUGCCAAAUCCCAUUAAUACCUGCGCUGCUGGAUACUUCUGUCGACGUAACGCAACUACCUCCACUCCUGAUCAACGAGAAGAUGCCAACAUCUGUCCUGUUGGACAUUACUGUCCCCAAGGAACUGGUGAACCAAACAACUGUCCUCUAGGCACAUUUGGAAAUGACACGGGUAACUUGUAUUCCUUAAAUUUCAUUCAGAAUUUGUACUUUGUUUUCCUUCAAUUUCUCUCAGUAUUUGUACUUUAAUUUGUAGAAACAGUGACUGUACGUCUCAUGAUUAAAGAUUAUUUUGGGUUAUGUUGAGAUAAUUUUGACUCGCUGGUGAAAGAUUGCCUGGAAUUAGGUCGCAUUGCACUGUUAUGAAUGUUAUUUAUUAGCUCAACCCCAUUAUAUUUCAAUGUGUCAGAGGUAACUAACAGCAACAGCUUUUUACACUGGCCAGUCCAUCCCAUAAUAAAAAAUUGCUGCUCAACACUUUUGCACUGCCCAUAAUACACUUUCCCCCCAGGAUUUUGCUUAAGCAUUUUUUCCAAUUGCCCUUGGAUCAAACGUGAUACCAAGGAGAAAUCAGAAACAAUGGUUGUGCUACCUUUAGGUGACAAAUAAGUUUUAUUAAAGCUGGAUUGCAAAAGCUCUCAAUGCACUAGUUCGCUUUUAAGUUCCUUGCAAAAAUUAGUCGUUCAAAAACUCCCCGCAACGUUUUAAGGCAUUCAAAGUGAAAUAUUUAUCUACCAAUUCAGGUUACAAAGACGUCAGUGAAUGCUGGAACUGUACAGCUGGCUUCCAUUGUUCUCAGUCUGGGCGGGAUGCACCUGUUGGACCCUGUGAUGCUGGAUAUUACUGCCCAACUGGCUCGUCUAGUCCAAGGGAGGUUCCCUGCUACCCUGGUACCUACUGCAUUGGAAACAACAAAGAACCAGAGUUGUGUCCCAUUGGAACAUACCAGCCCAACAGCACCAGAACAAGUAGAAUUGACUGUAUCAACUGUACAGCAGGUUAGAUUUGUAAAACGUCUCUUUCAACAGUAGCUAAGAUUCCAGCCACCUUCUAUAGAAUGAUACUAUUACCGGUACAUGGAAUUACUGCUCAGACGUUUUUACUGAAUGCUCUCAUGGACCUUAGUGAUUUGCUUAAUUUAUUAUUGCAGGUUUUUACUGUGCCACACCAGGACGACAUGAUGUAUCCGGUCCCUGCAAGAAUGGCUCCUUCUGCCCAACAGGUUCAUCAGUACAAGACCCUUUUGAAUGCCGAAUUGGUUUCCACUGUCCCCUAGGAAGUUCCUUACCUAAGCCGUGUCCCGCAGGAUCAUUUGCAAACUCAUCGGGAAGAGAUAAGUGUGAUCCAUGUCCCGAGGGAUUCUAUUGCUUCCCACUUGAACUGGCGGGAAAUGAAUCUAUUGGAUACCGCAUCUGUCCAAGAGGUUACUACUGUCCAGAGGGAACAGGUCUUGAUUGGCGUUCUUGCCCAGCCGGGACAUACAGCGACAGGUUUGGGUUGUACAUGGAAAAGCAAUGCAUGGACUGUGAUCCUGGUAAAUACUGUGAUGGACGGAAUCUUACAUCUCCAACAGACUUCUGCGCACCUGGUUAUUAUUGCACCAUAGGUAAGCGAUUUAUGUUCAGAAAUAUUUUAGUUGUUGACUUGGUUAUCUUCUUUACGAAUGCCAUUACUAUCAUACAGUGAAACGUAUUUUUAGUGGACCCCACAUCAAGCAGGCGCAAUGCAUUAAGCAGAUGAAUGGCUCAGUAUGUUUCAAAUGUUCCUUCUCAUAUUUUAAGUAAUACGAGCCUGUAUUUAGCAGACACCUUUAUUAAGCAGACACCAGCGAAGGUGCCACGAGGGUCCACCUAAUGCAGGUUUCACUGUAGUUGCAUGAGCCUUCAACUCAUUUUGCACCACAUAGAUAAACGAAGAAAAGUGUCCUUGAGGAGGUUUUUAUUUACAGACCCAAAAAUAGAGGUGGUCUGUACUACUCCCAAAAUCAACUCUGGAAGUGAAAUUCGAGGAACUGAUUGCAUAUUGAUACUGAUAUUUUAUGUUACAGUGAUUUAUUAUAAAUUGAACGUUAAUUAUAUGCCAAAUUGUUGUUUUUAUUUGUUUGUAGGUGUAUCUGUGCGGAAGCCUUACAUUGAUGGGUACAAUGUGAGUAACAGUUCGUGUCCCAAUCCAACCUUCUUGGGGCAAUACACUGGUAUUGGCAACAUCUGUCCUCCAGGAACAUUCUGUACGGGGGGUUCCAAUGUACCCAGAGACUGUGCUGCAGGUACCUACAAUGACGAGAGUGGCCAGAAGGAGUGCAAAGCUUGCCCAGCUGGGUAUUAUUGUGUAGGACGCACAGUCACUUACCUUAAUUUUACCUGUCCCGGUGGUCAUUACUGUCAAGUCAACACCACACGGCCUUAUGAGUUCCCGUGCCAGCCUGGAACAUACAACAACUUGACUGGACAAACAACAAGUGCAUCAUGCGUUCCUUGUGUUCCAGGUAGUUACUGUGAAGGUGAUGGCAAUUCAUGGCCUACAGGCCUCUGUAGUGCAGGAUGGUGGUGCAACGGAAGUGCAACAUCCAACAUGACCACCACACAUGGUGGCCGAUGCCAACCAGGCUAUUACUGUCCUGAAGGGUCAGCAUAUCCAAAGGAGUGUGACGGAGGAAAGUUUUGUGAUGUGGCAGGGCUCAGUGAACCCAAAGGAAAUUGCAGUGCAGGUUAUUAUUGUAAGCUUAAGGCAAGCAGCUCAACACCUACCGAUGAGACUGGUGGUAAAUGUCCACCUGGGAAUUACUGCCCUGAGGGUUCAACAGACCCCUUCCCAUGUGAUCCAGGAACCUACUAUGGUGGAGAUGGUGCAACUAACUCAAGUGCAUGUGUACCGUGCACUGAUGGCUCAUUCUGCAAUACAUCUGGUCUUGCUGCCCCUGAUGGACAAUGUUCGGCUGGAUACUAUUGUCCACCUGGGCAGUCAGUUGGCACUCCAUCUUUAUAUGUUUGUCCACUGGGUCAUAAGUGUAUUGCAGGAGUCGGUAGUCCUGCAAAAUGUGAAUCUGGCAAAUACCAAGACGAACUUAAGCAAGACAGCUGCAAGGAAUGCCCUGAAAGAUACUAUUGCAAUGCGACGUAUGGCGGAGUAGAGAACUACAACUUAUACCUGUGCCCUGAAGGAUACUAUUGCCCAAAUGGUACUCGAUUUGCCGAAGAAUUUCCAUGCAGCAUUGGGACCUUUAACAACUUAACAGGCCGUGCCAGUCAGACUGAAUGUACACCAUGUCUUCCACGUUAUUAUUGUGGUGAAUCUGGUCUGACUUAUCCACGCACUCUUUGCAGUUCCGGUUUCUUCUGCAAGAAAGGUAAAUGAUUUGUCUUUGUUCCAAAAGGUGAUUUUGAAUUGAUUGUCACAAAACCACUUGCAGACAAUCAUAGCAAACCAGUCACAACUUGAAGCAGCCUUAAGCCCAGGAAAACGCCAAAAUUGAUAUUGGUCUUCUGGUAAUUGGUCGAGAAAAUGUUAUGAAGCAUUCUAGCCAAUCACAUAGUUUGCCAUACAAGGCCAAGACAAAAGACUUCACUUUCGACAAACUCUUACACUAACGCUUAGGAUUCUGGUGUUUCUCAAUACAGUGAAGUAGUCAUCCGUCUGGUAAAUGCCUCUUGCUCAUCACUGGAAUAUAAAACUUGUUUGUUAUUAUUUGUUCAGGUGCAACUUCUGCUACGCCCAACCAAGGAAGUGAUGCAAAUGUAUGCCCACAGGGACGAUACUGUCCUGAAGGAACAGAUGAACCAGAACUUUGUCCACCUGGAACAUUCAGUAACGCACUGGGUAAGCUGACUCAGUCCAGAUAACAAAGAGUUCUACUAAGAUGUGAAUAACGUCUCAUUCGAUGGAAGCAAUGUAGAGAUAACCUGUUUAUUCAUUUGCCCAGGCAUAUUCUAAUGAUUUUAUGAAUUUCUUUUCAUUAUAGGCCUGCACAACUCAAGUGAAUGCACACCAUGCACAGAAGGAUACUACUGUCAGUUUGCAGGAUGGACAAAUGAAACAGGACAGUGUCAACAAGGCUACUUCUGCAUCAAAGGUUCAACCAGCAAGCAGCAGGAGGUCUGUCCAGCUGGGAAAUAUUGUCCUGUGGGCACUCAUACACCCAAAGAUUGCCCCGUGGGAACCUAUUCUAAUGCAACUGGCCUCUGGAAGGCAGAGCAAUGCAGAAACUGUACAGCUGGCUCAUACUGCUUUGAACCAGGGAGGACGUACCCCACAGGACCUUGCAGGGCUGGAUAUUACUGCCCUACUGGAUCCCGUGUGGAUAAUGCUGUACCAUGUCCAAUUGGUUUGCAUUGUCCUGAGGGUACGUAUUGAAUUAGUUUACUGAAAUAUGUGGUGAAUUAUGAAAGAGGAGUAGAAAUCGUUUUCUAAAUCUCCAUAGUUGUGCUCGCAAGUGAGACAACUGUCAGAUGGUAGAGAUUCAUUAAAACGGGAGCACGUGCACCUUUACGUCUCUAAUUGUUUUUUAACCCCCAGUGUAGGGUUCAAUCCUGGCUAAUAUCCAUGUUUAUUAACUAGAGGUUUUGCAUGUUCAGUGACUAAAUUUCCCGUUAAACUUUGAUGCCAUUACCAUACAGGAAGCGACACUCCAAAAGACUGCCCUGCUAAAUCAUUCACCAAUGCUACAGCACAGUCAUCCUGCCAGGACUGCCCUGCGGGAUAUUACUGCAUCCCAGAAAAUGUCACUUCAGGGGACCCACAAUCAGGCUACCAUGCCUGUCCAAGAGGGUACUAUUGUCCGGCCAGGACUGGGCUAGACUGGAACCCUUGUCCACUUGGUACUUACAGUAACCGAACACACCUUAGCUUGGUGACCCAGUGUGAGGACUGCCCAGGAGGGAAGUACUGUGGAGACCUUCAUGCCAUACAACCAACAGAUGACUGCUACGGAGGAUACUACUGUACAUCUGGGGUCGACAAACCUGAUCCUGUUAACUCAGAGAACGGGACCUCUUUGCUUGGAAACUGCUCCAUUCUGGGACUACAUACAGGUAAAUUAUGCUCAGAAGGCAUUUGCCCCUUUGGUGAGAUUUUAGAUGCAGAUUAUUUAAAAGGAAACCUCACGUGUUAUAUCGUAAAAUGCUAAGAAACAAAAUAAUGGCAUAGCCAUGCUGUAGAGAUUUCAUACGAAUGGUUGAAAAAUGGUUUCAAACGUUAGAACCAUCUUCUAUAUUAUAAUAAACAGUACCACAGGAAAGAAGGUUUAAUUUAUUGGUCACACUGUAGGGUUUCUAAAAACGAACUUGCUUUGAUGGGGUGUUAAAGUAAGGCCUGACCCUUUCAUGCAUUUUCCUGUAGGCUUUGGAGGCCGUUGCCCAACAGGUCAUUACUGUCCUAAGGGUUCUACACUACCAAUAGAGUGUCCUGCAGGAAGUUACCAAGAUAAAGAAGGUCAAACUAACUGCAAGCUGUGUCCAGCUGGAUAUUUCUGUCGUGCCAAAGCCUCUACCUACAAUGACACCAUCUGUCCAUCUGGAAGGUACUGCCCCGUGAAUACCAGUGUUCCAAUUCUCUGUCAAGAGGGCACGUUUAAUAAUCUAACUGGGCAAACGGAGGAGUCUAACUGCGUUCUGUGUACUGCUGGAAAGUACUGUCAGGGAUCCGGACUAAGUAAACCAACUGCAGACUGCUAUGGAGGAUGGUACUGCGUGAAUGGCUCGACAAAGCCAACUCCUGAUGGAGGUAAGCAUCUGAAUCCAAAGGUUCGAUGUACUGAUUUUGUUACGUGAUGGAAACGAACAGGAGUAUUUAUUAAGUUUACUAAUGAGCUAAUUGUCUCUCAUUUGCAUUCAGCCCGUUGCCCUGUGGGUCAUUACUGUCCUAAUGGAUCAGCGUUGCCCAUAAGUUGUGACCCAGGGAAGUAUUGUCAACGUGAAGAACUAUCCGAGCCAGAAUAUUACUGUGCUGCUGGUUACUACUGUACAUCUGGUGCUAGUCAAGCAAGACCUACAGAUGGGGACACAGGAGACAUAUGUCCAAAUGGCACUUACUGCCCAUUGGGAAGUGCUGCACCCAAAAACUGUCCAAUAGGAACAUUCUUGAACAGCACAGGAAAUAUGUAUGUUCUACAGACCAUACUUAACAAACAUUGGUUCUCUCACAGAGAAAAUAAAAAUUUUUCAUCACUCCUUAGCUAAUGUUAAACAUUUCACAACAUAGCGAUAUGAUGAAAGACUGCUGAAGGGAAUUCAUAUCAAAUGUUCACUGUGCCUUUUCAUUCGCAAACUCAGGUCUUCAGUUAAUGUCUCUUAAAUCGACUUACCAGUUUUAAAUUCUAAUGAAUACAUACAGUUAUUGCAAACGUAGGGAGUUAACAAGAUGCAUAACUGGUUACAGUCGCAGUUUGCACAGGGAAAUAGUGCAGCCGUCCAACUAGUGUUCAGUGAUGUUUAGUGUGGUCAUUAUUCGUGUUUGUACCCCCCUUUUCUAUAGGAACAUCACUGAUUGUCAAGAUUGUACUCCUGGGUGGUACUGUGGUGGCAGUGGGCUCCAUGUGCCAACAGCAGAAUGUGCACCUGGAUACUAUUGCACUGGAAGGGCUGAAAAUGACCACCAACAUGAGUGUCCUCGUGGAUACAAGUGUCCUUUGGGCAGUGCAAACCCUGAACCCUGCGAAGCUGGAUAUUACCAAAAUGAGACAGGGCAGUCAACCUGUAGGAUAUGCCCCCGUGGGUUUUACUGCAAUGACACCAAUGGCCCAGUCAUCUCGUAUGGGCAGUACAUUUGUAUUGAAGGUCACUACUGUCCUAACGGAACCAGGUAUGCUGAAGAGUUUAAGUGCCCCCCUGGUACGUUUAACAACAGAACAGGGAUGGACGAACAGGCGGAUUGUCUGCCAUGCACUGGCCGAUAUGUCUGUGACGAGUGGGGACUUGUCAGACCAAACAGGCUGUGUGGUGCUGGAUAUUACUGCCGUGAAGGUGCCAAUAGUACGACUCCUAAUCUUGGAGACAAGGCAAAUAUCUGCCCAGAGGGUUACUACUGUCCAGAAGGUAUGACAAACCGUAAAAAGUUAUCAGGUGAUUGCAGUAAAACCAAAUUAAUAGGAAUUACUGUAGCCAUUAAUCUGGUCACUUGAGGUAGGAGCAUGUUGCUAGAGCCAAGUGUCGGAAAGCGUGUGCUAGCAAAACACAAUUAGGUUUGGUUUUUAUUUUUUAUUACUUAAGAAAGUGGCACAGUAGCUUGUAAAAAUAUGCAGUUAUGAAAUGCUAGAGCAAUUGUCACUGCUGUUUCAAACGAACACUACACUAAGGUCACUGCAACGUGUUUGGAUGCAUUGUAAGAACUGAAUGCUUUGUAGCAAAGAACCAGAUAGUUGUGGAGCAUAUAGGCUUGACUACCAGCUGCUGUUCAGGAAGUGAACCUGCACUCCUGCCUAAGCAUUUUGAUGUUCCGCUUGUGUUUGCUGUUUUUGUUUAACGUUUUUUUCUGUUUUUGUUGUUUGUUUCUCAUUUAGGUGUCGAUCAUCCUAUAGCUUGUCCAGCUGGUUCAUUCAGUCCUUCAAAAGGCCUCCAUGCAGAACAUCAGUGCUUAAAUUGCACUGGCGGGGAAUUCUGUAAUGAAACUAGCAUGACGAAAACGGCAGGUCCUUGCAAAUUAGGGUACUAUUGCCCAGAGCGUUCAACAAGCAGUGAAGAACUCCCUUGCACUCAAGGCCAUUAUUGUGAAGUAGGCACCUUCCAUCCUUCCCCUUGUCCAUCUGGAACAUAUUCCAAUGGAACCAAACUGACAAAGGCUGAAGACUGUACCGAUUGCCGACCAGGGUAUUACUGUGAUGAUAGGGGUCUGACUGCACCAAAGGAUGAGUGUGAUGAAGGAUAUUAUUGCCCUAAGGGUCAAAACGUCAGCAAUCCAUUCCGCUGCCUAGCUGGAAAGCACUGUCCUCGAGGAAGUGCUGAACCUCAAGACUGUCCUGCAGGGAGAUUUGCUGAAAGCGCGCAAUCGUCUGUGUGUAGUGAAUGUCCUGAGGGCUUCUACUGCGUACCAGAACUUGUUAUCCCAGGUAAGUAACGUUCACCUAACCCUCUCACUGCAGCUAUAUGAAGUUUUCUUUUUACUCGAAGGGAGCUGCAUGAUCUACAAAAUCAAUUGGGAGCAAAAACGCAGAUUAUGUAUUCGAGAACACAGCUUUACGUGGUUUUAACAUAGUCCUUUUAAAAGACGCCACAUUCUUAUCGAUUUACAAUAGGUGUCUCUAGUUCUGCCAAGCAUGACUGUCCUGAAGGAUUCUACUGUCCAAAUGGCACUGGCAGAGACUGGAAAAAGUGUCCAGCUGGCACUUACAGUGGUCAUAAGAACCUAGUGCGUGAGCAAGACUGCAGACCGUGUCCUGGUGGCAAAUACUGUGGAGGUACCAACUUGACCAAACCGACUGGAAACUGCAGUGCUGGGUAUUAUUGUGUUUCUGGUGCAGCAUCACCAACGCCAUACAUGACCAACUUGACGCAGUGCCCCGCCCAUUAUGUUCACAUCACCAUUGGAAAUAUUUGCCCUCGGGGCCAUUUCUGUUUGUCCGGAAGUGUAAUUUUUGAAGGUAUGCAAUUUAGACAAUAAAUGUAAGGGUCCCUGGUGACAAUUCCUUUCCCAUCUCUCUCACAAACUAUCCCUUUACUUUAAACACAGCUAAAAAGAGCAGAGAUUCUCAAACAAGCAACGCCACGAUUAACCUGUUCAUGCGGAGGUUAACCGUGAAGUAUGCCAUAUGCUCCGCGAAGUCGUUUUUUAACCCAUUUUGGAAGAAAAACAUACCCCUGGAAAUCUCUGGCUCACAUGGCCUACCACUCCCAGCUUCUGCAACAAAACAAUUUUGAUAAAACUGCGAAGUUUAAUUUUGUUUUGCGUUUUCUUGUCUAUAUUGACAGACCAAGCCUGUGUUUAUUUGACUUUUGUUGACAGGUUGUCCAGCUGGUUUUUACCAAGAUAUGGAAGGCCAAGGUAGCUGUACGAAAUGUCCAACGGGUUUCUACUGCUAUGCUAACUCAACAACAUACAUCGGUAAUGAUUGCCCAACUGGCCAUUACUGCCCUGAAGGGACACCCAACCCAUACUACAAACCGUGCAAGCCAGGCACGUACAAUCCCAAGACAAGGGGAAACUCGUCAUUGGAUUGUUUGCCAUGUGAUCCAGGUCAGUACUGCCUGGGCUAUGGAAAUGACAAACCUACAAACAGUUGCAGUGCUGGUUUCUAUUGCCCUGGAGGAAAUGAGCAAGCUGCGCCAAGUGCCACGCGCUGUACGCAGGGUCACUACUGCCCACAAGGAUCUUACAAUAUGACAAAAUGUACACCUGGAUAUUUCUGUGAUGCAGAUGGUCUUUAUUCACCCACUGGAAAGUGUGACCCAGGGUAUUAUUGUCCUCUGGGGUCCAGUUCUAGGCGCCAGAUUGAAUGCAUAGAAGGGCACUAUUGUCCUUUAGGAUCACCUGAGCCUCAACCGUGCCAACCAGGCUUUUAUUUGCGAGGCAAAAAGAAGGAGAAUGCAUCUCAGUGUGUAGAAUGUAUUGCUGGCAUGUACUGCAAUAGCAGUGGUCUUAGCUAUCCCGACGGACUGUGUGACUUAGGUUACUUCUGUCCUCCUGGACAGAAAGUGUCAAGUCCAAAUGCACACCCAUGCACUGUAGGACACUUCUGUACCAAGGGCUCACCACUGCCUAAGCGCUGUCCAAAUGGCACAUAUGAAAGUGACCAAUAUUCACAUGUGUGCGAUGAGUGCCUACCAGGAUACUACUGUGAUAACACUAAUGUUGCUGUGAGCAAUUUAACAGGAUAUGAGUGUCCAACAGGGCACUUCUGUCCCCCAGGGACAUCUUUUUCUACUCAGUACAAGUGUCCUACUGGUACGUGGAGUAACAAGACUCGACUUGAAAGAGCUAACCAGUGCACUGACUGUCCACCCAGGUAAGAUGAACUCCUUCUUGGGACUGCCCAACAUAAAGCUUAGCCAAACUACAGAAAUCAGCUGUAAAAUAGACGAAAGCGGUGGUGUCAUACAAAACUAUUCCUGAUGCAUGUAUAUGUGAAUGAUUUCAUGACGACAAGGUUGAAUUUCAAAUGUGAAAACCAAAAUAGAGCAUUACGAAUAGCAACUUAGAAAUAUCUCUGUGUUUCCUGUUGUGUUUUUGUUUCUCUAAAUCCUUUCCUCUCGUUGUUUUUAUCCACCCACAUGUAAAAAGGAACAAAUGAACCAAAGCCCAACUUAAUUAUCUAUUUAUUUCGAUUCGGUUUCGCGCUGAACUAAGUACACUAGAAUGAAAUAUACAUUGUCACACAAGGCACAGUGGCAAUAUUGUUAGUUGCUUCAUCUAAAAUGUCAAGUUAGGUGUCUGUUUUAAACAUCCCAUCAGUUAGGCUUAGCCACUUGUUCUAUGCCGUAAGGAAUAAGUACAACUGCAGUCCCGUGGGGCUCUUUUCUUUAUCAAUACUUAAAGGGCCAUCGUCACCAGACAAUUUGCUCCCUAAAGCAGAUUGAAACAAACCUUACAUGUGAUAAAGAUGAGAUGGUGACAAGGUUUUUUUUUACACGUUUUUUGUAGGUAUUAUUGUCAAUCAGAAGGAUUAUCAAAACCACAAGGAUUGUGCCUUCCUGGAUACUAUUGCAGUGGCAAUGCCACAGUUCCUAACCCAGCUUAUGCAGAAUGCCCGAUUGGACACUACUGUCCUGAGGGAAGCUACAUUCCCACGCCCUGUCCACGAGGCUCCUUCGCCAACUCGAAGAGGAAUCAGAAUGUUUCAGACUGCAAGCCUUGCAGCCCAGGAUAUUACUGUGAUCCAAAUGCCACCAUUGUUCAGGAGAGAGAAUGCGAUCCCGGCUUUGUUUGUAUCUUGGGUAAGUUAGUAUACAACGUACUAAGAGGAGUGUGACAAAUGUUCGAGAAAAGUCUAAAAAUCAAUUUGGUAAAGCGACGGUAAUGUGUUUGGUAAAGAGCAAGUACGCCAUUUCGCCUUAAACAAAAAUGAGAAUGUAAUAUUUGAUUGUUGUAUUUUUUUUAAUUAAAUGAGCGAGUUUAUUUAUUUUUGUUGUUUUCCCUUCAAGGUUCAACUACCCCACGGCCAACAGAUGGUAGUGAAGGAAAGGUGUGUCCCCAAGGACAUUUCUGUCCCAAGGGAACAGCAGUUGAGAAGCCCUGUCCGAUAGGUACUUAUGGUCCAAUUGAAGGCCUUGAUGAAUGCUAUGAGUGUCUGGCUGGCUACACUUGUCCAAAUACGACUAUAAUACACCCCGUACCAUGUUCUCCUGGUCACUAUUGCCCAGGCAGCAUAAAACUACCUAAUGGUAAUCCAUGUCCACACGGAACCUAUCAACCCAACAGGUAUCGAAAGUAUCUGAAUGAGUGUCUUCCCUGUCCUCCUGGCCAGUACUGUGAACUUCCUGGACAAGCAAAUGCCACAGGUCCUUGUCGGGCAGGAUACCUUUGCAGGGGUGGGGCAAGUUUUGAUGCUCCAAAUGACACAAGUGAUGCUUACAACGGGCCCUGUCCUCCUGGAUAUUACUGCGAGGAAGGGACAACAAAUGGCACCAUGUGCCCAGAAGGAACUCUCAGACCCUACCCUGGUGCCAAGUCUCGCAAUGAUUGUUUACCUUGUACUGGAGGAAAGUAUUGCUUUCAGCCAGGUCUACUUGUUGCAACAAGUCACUGUGCUGCAGGAUACUACUGUCCAGCUGAAGAAGACAUUCGCACACCAUAUCCUAGUCGCUUCCAAUGCCCAACAGGACAUUACUGUCCAAAUGGUACAGCUAACCCAUACGGCUGCAAUCCAGGGACCUAUCAAGAAAGAAUUCAUCAGUCAUCAUGUGAUGUUUGUCCAGAGGGUUAUUACUGCCGAGCAAACACUUCCAGUCCAAUACCUUGCCCAGCUCAUCAUUACUGUCCAAACGGUACCCAUACACCAGUUGUGUGUCCUAAUGGAACAUUCACAGAUGUAAAUGCUUCCAAGCUCAGUGAUGUGGAUCAGUGCAAGCCGUGCGAUGUUGGACAUUACUGUCAGCUUGGUGUGAUUGCUGAUAACUGCUCAGCAGGUUACUUAUGUUACAUUGGAAAUCCAACGCCUACCCCAGAUGGCUCCAACAAGACUAUUGGUGAUGAAUGUCCAGUUGGUUACUAUUGUCCAGCUGGAACUCAUGAACCUCUAAAGUGUGAACCAGGAUUGGUGAUCCCAUACAAGAGAGCACGUUCAAAGUCAGAGUGUCAAACCUGCCCUGCUGGCAAGAUCUGCAGCCCGGGAAGCUCCAUCCCUGAGGACUGUACCAAGGGACACUAUUGUCCCUUUAAUGAUACAAGAAGGCCUUGUCCGUUGUACACGUUUAAUAACGUGUCUGGUGCAACCGAUAUCAGUUUUUGUCAUCCUUGUCCUGCUGGUUACUAUUGCUGGUAUGAAGGUAAGAGGUUGAUCCCUUAACAAAGCCUGCCGCCUUUUAGAUUAGUUAGUAAAGCGUUACACUCUGAAGCCACAGGAAGAGGAUGCAAAUCACACCUGAACUAACAUCUGGGUGUUAAAAUAAUGGAGGUCAAAGUAGUUGCUUGGGUGUGACGUAACCGCCCUUAAUGCCAUACAGUACUUCACGGGAGGGGUGGGGACGACCUAUAGCAACUGCGUAAGACUUCUUGAUGUUCGAUCCUAUACCCAUUAGCACUUGCAAAGAGUAAUGUAAGUUGCCUUUGACUUCUUUGCUGUUAAAGUUAUUAAUUAAUUAAUUUAUUUAUUUAUUCUUCCAUAACGAGUGUUACACGUGACUUCCUACCGCAUAAACAUACAUGAAGGAUUCUUCGCCCUUAGAGCGGCCUACAAGGACAUUAAUUAGUCAAAGGCUAAGAGAUACAAGGGGUCAUUGAUCUUUUUCAGUAGAAAUUUGUUUAGGUGACGACCUUAUUACCAAGUGUUUAUAAAAUUGAUCUACAUACUUCCGUCUCUCUCAACAGGUAUCUCAGACUACACCACAGUUCCAUGCCCAGUGGGUCAAUACUGCCCUAAUGCCACAGACAGCCCAAUCCCAUGUCCAAAUGGAACCUUCCGAAAUACUACCAGAGGGCGAAACAUUUCCGAUUGUCACCUCUGCCCUGCCGGUCGCUUCUGUCCACUGUCCAAUAGCAGUUUCUGGGGCUAUGAAUGUAAAGAUGGCACUUUCUGUCCACCGGGUAGAACUGCUCCUACUGUGUGCCUGGCAGGAUAUUUCUGUGACAAGGCCCAGACUCAGCUACCCUGCCCUGCAGGAUAUUAUUGUCCUAAGGCAUCACCCGCGCCCAUUCCUUGUCCAGAGGGACACUAUUGCGACCCAUUGUAUAACUGCUAUAACGAUUCCAUACAUAGAGACGCGGGUGCUUGUUACUCCAAGAUUUGCCCUCUUGGUAUGUAUUCUCAAUUUGCAUUUACCUCUUUCGUUUGGAAAUGCCUCCACAUGUACGUUUAUUUUUUUUUAUCCUUGCUUUUUACAAUCUCGGCAUUUACAUUUAAAAUUUUUAUUUACGGUUUUUGAAGCCGUCCACACGGUACUCGUCUUUGAAAAUGGAACAAACUUUUCCGUCGACAUCAAUUUUUUUUCUCUCUAUUUUGUUGUAAAACAAAAAAGAGAUAACCUUUAAAUCGCUUUCUUAACAGGUUACAGACAUAAGGAUGGCGCCAAGGGAUUAAGUUUCAAUGAGACGUGCGAAAUUUGCAGACCUGGUUCCUUUGGCAAUCAUGCAAAUCGUUCAGUUUGUGAAAUAUGCAGAGCUGGCGUUAUAUGUUUAGAAGGUUUGUAAAUGCUCCUUGUUUACUUAAGAAUUUGUCAAGUAACAUCCCCUUCUGCAACAAAUGGGAACUUUGUUGCGCAAGUGGUUUGUCGGUUACCAUACGGUAUCAAUACCCAAACUGACUCAACAACAGACCUCCCCCGAUCUUCCUCACCGUGAAGCUGUGUACGGUGCUGUUUAUUAUGCUGUACAAGCUGCUUCUAACUUUUGAGUCUGUGGAUUAAAUCCUCUGGUGUGAACACUCAAAUGAAAGCUACUGAGCAGUACUUUCCACUGGUACUGUUUACUAUGCGGAGCAAGAUUCAGUAUCGUAUGUUUUGAAUCUUUGGGUGAAAUCCAGGAGUUUCCAUGGAUAGGAAAACUACUAAGUAGUCAUAUCCUGCGGUACUGUUAAGACUGAACUGGUUCUGUUGUCGUCAUUUUAACCUGAAGCAACAUUCUUUUCUUCCUCGUUAGGAGCAACUUCAGAGUUCCCUGGCAAAAAUGAAUCAUCAUUUGGAGUUAACAACACCAACAGCUUCCUGUGUCCAACGGGACACUACUGCGAGAAAGGAGACUUGCAACCCAGACCCUGCAAGAAUGGAACUUACAAUGACCUCCUCGGUGCUGAACACGAGGGACAGUGUAAACCUUGUACUGAAAAUCACUUUAAUGACGAGAUCGGUAGAGAUAAAUGCAAGUUCUGCGGUAACGCUAAAGCGAAGGGUAAAGGUAGCGACACGUGUAGCUGCACCGGACUAAACCGUGUUUUCAAGGUACGAGAAAAAUCAGUGAUGACAGGUCAUGUUUUGUGUCGAACAACUUUGAAUUCAGUCAGCGAAAUAUGCCAUACUUAGGUGGUGAUCACUUUGAACUAGCUGACCUUACAGAAUUCCGAGUUCUUUUACACGAAUUAGACUAGUCUGAAAUAUUUGAUAAGCAGUGGCAGAAUUUCUCACCUGUAAAAGGAACUUAAAACGUAAUUUUUUUUGUUUUCAGCCAUCACAAGGAUCGUGUGGAUGCGAGGAUGGCUACGAAGAGAUCAGUAACAGCUUAGAUUGUAAGCAAAAAACUUACGGCAUAUGCGGUGAAGAUACAUGGCGAAAUGAUAAAGGAAAUUGCUGGAAUGAAACACAAUGGUUGGAUUACUGCAGUAGUACAGUAAGUUUUUUAAAAUGCCGUAGCGUGUAUGGAAUCAAGAUGUUCUUCAGCUUUUUAAAUACCGUAAAUACUCCAUUAACCCUUGCGUGCGCAAUUUCCUGGGAAGGAAAAGGCCGCUAAAAAUACUACCAACAAAAAAUUUAUUUCUUGGCAUCGAUCUUGAUAGUAUGAUGUCAAAAAUUGACCUAGACUGUUUCGGGAUACAUUACAGUCAAACCAGGUCAAGCGUUCCCGUCGCUAACGAACUAAUGAAUUCAUUCACGGAAAAAUGAUUUCGUUUGUUGAUUCAAUAAUCCGUUCAUAAAAUGAACAAUCCAAUAUUCAUAUUUAGCCUCGAUUCCAUAAUCGAAUGUUGAUUCGAUUACUGUUUUUUGAAAAACUACACUUUCCACAAGUUGACCUCAGAAUUUUGUUUUUUCCUCUUUUUUUUCUGAGAGUCGAGUGCUGGCGAGUUCUGAAGUUCAAACCCAAAGAAACUGUUACAUGUACUCCAGUUUGCUGCCAGUAAUCAGUGCAACAGACCUAGGCCUGACCUCUUAGAAAACACAACGGUCAAACUGAGGUCAGUGUAUGUGCGGUGAUUGGUGGAUUUCGAUCCUCGGCCUUUGUCAGUUUCUUUGCAUUUGCGGUCUGUCUAUUCUAGCUGUUAUUUUGAUUAAAGGCAAUGAAAAACGCAAUCGUAAACGGCAGGAAAAAGGAAGCAAAUACGAUUGAACACAACAGAGAAGAAUAAAGAACAGGUAGAUUUUUUUCAUAAACCAAAUCAACAUUUGAUUAUUGCAUCGAGGUCCAAUUUGACUGUUGGAUUAUUCAUUUUAUGAAUGGAUUAUUGAAUCAACAAACGAAAUCAUUUUUUCAUUAAUGAAUUCAUUAGUUUGUUAGCGACGGGAACGCUUGACCUGGUUUGACUGUAAAUUGAAGCUAGCCCGCAUUCGGUAACAGAAAACCAAAUAUUCUAUUUUUGAGAAUUUUUUAAAAAUAAAAACUUGACAAAAGUGUGUCUCAAAAUAGUUGCCCAUAAAGUUUAUCCCCGAAUGAUUACUCCACACAGCAACAUACAUCAAAGCCAGUGAGAAAAAUCGAUCCAAUGUCACACAAGCUUUAUUUUGAAACCAAGAAUAAACGGUGUUAAAACUAUGAAAGAAUGGCUAAAAUCUUUGACUGGUCGAUACAAAAUGGCGCUAUUUGUAUAUGUUUCUUUGUAAAAUGACAAAUUUUGCUUCGAGUUACCUUCGAGUUAUAACGACUGUAAGAUGUCAUCGGGAAUGAUACGGGGUGGUUUAUUCACCAACUGCAAGUUCGGAUUUUUUUCUGAUCCUCGGCUGCAUGAACCCCAACUCCUUGUACUUCAGCUUUUCCACUUUUUAUCAUAGUUCUUUAUGGAGAACUGAUACCGUCGUCUUUUCUAAAUCAAAUAAGCCCCCCUCAAGUGGGUUUGAAAUAAAUAACCCAAACGGGGGUUAAAACUGCUCAUUUGAAUGGUCACACUUUAGGAUUUCAUUCGCAGCCUCAAAAGUUAGGACCUCCUUGUACAGCAUAACGAACAGUAGCACAGGAAAGUACUGAUUAGUAGCUUUCGUUUGAAUGGUCACGCUUUGGGAUUUCAUCCUCAGACUUAAAAGUUAGAACCACCUUGUACAGCUUAUUGAAUGUUCCAUGCCCUAUAAAUUGCACCUUCAAAAACGUUAUCUACUGUUUUCAUUUUACUUUUCGCAGUCGAAAUGCCCUUCCGGUUCUGUUGGAUUUGUCGGAAGUCAGAUUGCUUUAUGCAAAUGCCGGGUCACCAGCACAGAUGAUAUUUGUGACAGAGAGUGUAAAAAUCAACAGAAGUAUCGCUUAUCUGUCAUUUGUACAGAUCCACCAAAGCUGAAAAUCACGUCACCAGAUAACGUAGAGGUAAAACUUUUCCAGGUGUUGAGAAAUUUCCAAGCCAAGUAACCCUCCCCCGCCGAGUUACUCGGCAAAGUCGCCUCAAUCCAGUCAGUGAAGCCCAAAACUAACGACUCUUUGCUAUUUCUUCGAUACCUUUAUGAUGCUUAGUGUAAAACAGUUUAUUACUGACUUAAUUAGGAGCGUGGGCUGCCUGUGGCUUUAAGAGCAUUUAUGUACCUUUGAAAUGAGAGUGAGCUGGCUUCACACAUGAACCUUGUUAGUUUUUUUUAUUAUUUUCUAAAGCUUUGCAUUAAUACACGUACGAUUAUUCAAUUGUUAUCUCUCCUUUUUCUUUAAAACAGAGGUUUUACAACUUAUCAGACUUCUCAAAUGUUCCGAACUUCGCAGAAGCUUUCGACUGUCAGGAUGGUAGCGUCUUUGCUGUCAGCAUAACCGUCAUGGAAGGUCAAUAAUUAUUACCUUGUUUUCAAUUUGUAAAGAAAAUAGUUUUAUGAUCUUAAAAGUGAAAAUUUCGUGAUAGGGUAGACCUCUAUUUUUUCGCCUCCUCCCAAACCGUCCACCGCCCCCGUUCCCGCCUCCUAAAUAGAUUUGACACUCAUCCAGAAUGGUCGCCUGUAACGCAAAGCGCUCGAUCUCGACAAUCUUAUCGAAAUAUAGGGAAAUGUGAACAGUCUAACUGGUGCUCUGUUAAUUUGUCUGCGUUGCGGGCGCUUGAAAGAAAAAUCGUACUUCAGCACAACCCUUCGUUUUUGGCUUUUUGGCUAUCAGUUGUUUUAUGCGGUCGUAUACUACAACUUGGUUCAUCUAAACAUCUCAAGGAAAGCUGGUCUGAAAUGGUCUUUCACACUUACCAUCCAUAAAAGAGCCGAGAGGAAUUCCUUGAGCUCUCUCUUUAUUCAGUAUGCUUGCUAAUCAACCUUCGGUCAAAUGCUGUAAAAAGGGCGAGAAAAGCAAUUUAAAAAAAUUAUUUAAUAUAAGCAUUAAUUCUUAAGUACUGAUUUACAGACGGAUUAACCAUUGGUGCUUACGAUCCUGAUUAUAAUGACAUGGUGGACGUUUUCGAUAAUGCUGUUGAGCAAAAUUCAGCUGGCGUCAGUAACUCCUCCUCCUCAAGGCGUCGCCGAGCGGUGUCCAGUCUAUCAUAUAGAGGCGUCAGCAAUCCGACCACGUGUCUUACACAUGGUUCUCACAUGAUCUGGAAGGUGUCAAACUCGGAUUAUCCUAAGUAUGAUAAAGACAGUCUUUAUAACACCAAUCCGUCAUUUGACGAUGGACCAUUCAGAGCUUUGGAGGAAAGACAUCAGCUUGAGUCUACGAAAUUUGAGUUAUUUGCUUACAAGUUCGAUCAGGAAGGUGUUUAUGUGUUUACUUCAAGCAAAAAUCCAGAAAGUGCAAUGGUGAGUGUAAUACCCUGCUUAUGCUGGGAGAUGGUUGUAUCGUUACACUUAAAUUUCCAUCUCCGCUCUUUUUUAGCUUUGCAAGGUGGAUUAUUGUCAUGUAACCACAGUGUAGGCUGUAAAUCAUUACGAUCUUUAUAGUUAAUAGAAUAACGUCACAAAUUGGUGAAUCAUGUCACUAUCUCUAGUUUAAUACUAUCAACUGACUAUAGACAGCUCACUUUGACUCAACGCUGACUCCCCUACACGCUUUUGGAGCGACAGUCACAGAACGACACUUACCGGAAGAUCAUCACAUGACUGGAUUUAUACCAUAAAUAUUGAAUCUUGCUGGGCGAUUUUUCUCCCUUUCAGCUUGUACGUGUUAUGGCUAAAGGAGCACAGUGCGCUGAGGAUGGUCCGUUCUUCUCUACCACGCCACGUGUUGUUAUUCAGAAUGGUAUUGCUAUCUCCAGGGAUAUUGUUAUUAUGCCCGACUGGGUGUUGAUUGGUGCCAUGCUGGGAAGCUUUGGUCUGUUAAUGCUCAUUCUCCUGAUUGGCUUGGUAGGUUUUAGUGAUCAACCCUCCUACUACUUCUUCGGGGAGGAAUAAAACAUUUAAAUCUUAAAUUCCGUUUUGUAAAAUAGUGAAAAACAAAUGCAACUGUUUGAAAGCACGGUUGAAGGGGUUUCAUUUUAAUGGUCACCCACAGUGUCAGACGUCUGUGGAUAGACUCCAGAGAUAGAACUGAAUAACAUGUUUUAUAGUUAACUGUGCAUGUGUGGCUGUCGUUUGAAUGGGAAGGGAAGGGAGAGCGGGGGAUGAAGGAAUGAAGGGGGAUGUGUUAGGGGGGAUAAAGGCGCACGAGUGCUUAUUUUACUUUCGCUCUCCUUUUAAAUGCCUGCCACGCAGGACAUGAUUGACUCUGUUUCCUCACUGUUGACUCUAUUUCCAUUUUAUUUUCUACCUCCUACCUAGCUUAUCUUCCGUAAACACGGCUGGAAGAAAGUGACAUUCAAAUUCCCACGCUAUCGAGUGCUAGCGCAGCGGUACAACUUUGAUGACUACUCCUCAAAAGGAUCCACAGUACACCCAGCAAAGAAGUACCACAGGAACCUUGAAGCACAAAAUCAAUAUGCACUGGAAGGACCCUUACAAGAACAGGGACCUGCAGGUCUGUGUCCUUUAUAAAAAAAAAAUAUCGUACUUUUGUUUCUCACUUCUAGCUUGUAUUCUUUUUCUCGGUAGAAAUCUUUAAAAGCUCUUCAUUAUAGAAGAAUAUACUUGCUAUAAAUAUUUAUUGUUUUGCAGUCGAUGCUGAAGUGAAAGGGGAUGAAUUCUGGGAUUAUGACCAGCAAGUUGAUUUGGAAGGUUUCACAUCUGGUCGCUUCUAUGGAAUUUUAGCGAAGCAAUCACGUGAUAUAACUGGAGCAAUAGCCAGACAAAAAGAUCAGGCCAAACAACUUUAUCAGAAGAUCAAUCAACAGACCGAAUCCCUCAAAGGAUUAUGGAUCGCCAAACUUAACUUACGAGGUCGCACUGCCAUGGCAACGCCGGAGGACUUGAGAGCUUUUGAGGGCAAGAAAUCAGAGGUAAAGUGGAAGUCUGUUAUUGUUUGAUCUAAGAGGUACUAGAUCAUGUUAAAUCCGCCUAUUACAGGUCAGAGCCAAACAUAAAUGAUGAAUUGUUUUUACAUGUCCUUAUGAUUUUCAUAGCUUGAAGCCGAACUUGAGCGGAGAAAGGAGCUGGGCUUUAACUUCCAGCAGAUCCUACAGCGCCAGAAAGCCAUACUGGAAGAGGAUGAGGAAGCACGCGAGGCACACCUUGUGGCGUUUGAGGCGUCGUUGCGAGAAGCCAUCCGUACACUGAAGAGUUACAGUGAAAACAAAGGCAAGGGCGACAUGGCUGGAGACUUCAAUGAUCAGUUAGAACACAGGUAAGGCCGGCAUGGUUUUGAACCAUGACGGUUAGCCAAUUCACAUCCUUACUUACGGUCAUGAAGUUUUUCUAAUUUAAUGUCGUCCUGGUGCAAACAUGCCUUGCUAAGAUUUACACUCACUAAUUUUCACCCGUACCAUAUCCAUCUUCACAUCACCGAUAAGGUGACGAUCAGUAUUUUUGACCCUCUCCCCCUAACUGAGUUUCGCUUCUAGGCAAAUGUAACUCUUACCCUCCCCCCGAGGAAUAUUGUUCAUUCACACUCGCCGAAGUUUAAAACUUGCCGCCUCGGAAUCGGAAUUUUGCAUGUGUGAAGACGCUAUUGUUUAAGCCAUUUCAAAAAUGACCAAAAUGGCCAAUUCUACAACAGAAAACAGUACCUAUUUUUUUCGAAUUUGAUCCUCUUUUCUUGAUACGUAUUUGUACCAGUGCGUUAUGCGUCUAAGCCAGCCGUUUUAAAAUAGUCUUGAGGACAUCCAAAUUUCGAUGUUAUAACUAAGACAAAAGAACUGUGAUAACAAAACAGCAACAACAAUAAUAAGUUUCCCCUAAAUUCAUCUUCCGUGUACUCUUGUAGGGUUGGAAGCCGCGUCGAUGCAAUUAUCCAGCGGUUGUCUGUGGAAAUCCAAAGCGAAUGCCAGCGGCGCGGAACCUGGGCACUACUAGGUGACGUUACAGGCGCAAGGCUCUGCACUAUUGAAGGAGAGAUCCUGGGUCUGGAUUACUUGUUCAAUGGCGAUGGAACGAUUCGCGCCACAGAUAUCGUAUCUCAGGACACACAUACGGGACUUCUCAUACCCAAUCCUCAAACUGCUAACAUGUUGUUGGCUGAUAACGUCACUAACGUACCAGUCCCGCCCAACUUCUUUGUUCAUCAGAACAAUGGACGUGUUAUGCCCAUUGAAGGAAAUGUCGCGUAUGACCCACUUGCAUCACGUCUCACAAUUACCGCUGACAGCACUAAUGCAGACGCUGCCUCGUCAGCAGAGACACUUAUCCCAUACAUCCCGUAUCCGAACAAUCCCGAGACUGGUGUGCCUGUGAAGACAAGUCUGACUCCAGUGGAGAAGAGAGGAGAUAUGAGAUUAAAUGGAAGAAUAAUUUGUGGAAGGACUGGUCUACCUGCACCGAUUUUGGGAAUGACCAUUCAUCCCGAGACCGGUAAGUAGGAUUAUCCCCGCCCCCCCCUUUAACAACUAUCAAACUUCGUCAUAACUUCCAAGAGUGAAAAUUAAAAAUUCGUCACAUAAAAUAUUCAAUGAACUGGGGCUUUGAAAGAGAUAUCUACUGUAACAAUCGUGUAUUUAUUUUUCUGUUACAUCAGGCAAUGCUUAUCCAAUUGGUGGUUGCCAUCCCGACCCAGUCACUGGACUUCCGGUUGCUAUAGAGCUCGGUUCCAUGAUGCUUGAUCCAAACACCGGUCGCCCAGCACCCAUUGUAGGAGUCACCAUUGACCCUAGGACAGGUAAUGUUAUUCCUCUGGGUGGUAGUCCAGGAGAUUCAGAUAGAGGUGACGAAAUUCCAGUCCUGCUCGGUGAUUCUUUCACGGAGCCUCUUUCUGGGAGACCUCUAAAAGUAACUAGUGCCAGGUUGGUGGAUGAUGGACAAGAGAGGGAACUGGAACCAAUGGGAGGUGGAUACCAAUAUGUCUUAGAUGUUGGUGAGCUGUACUAUGAAUACCGCGUUCUAGAUGCCCUGGAGGCGCUUAAGGAAGCUGUAACUGGGCCAGAUGACUUGGACGGUCGUCAGGAACUCAGCAUGUUGGAGACUGCGCAGAAAGAUUUACAGCGUGGACGCUCAAAGGUGAUGACCUACAUCCUGCGAAACGUUCAUGACAUCAUGCGCCGCGAGGAGCGCUGCUCUCUGCUGGCUGACAGUGGUGGGAGCCCAGGCAUGUACGAGUUCUCAGCCACCGGUCAGUUGCUCCCCAUACUAGUGGGCACCACAAUGCGAGACCCCUCAGGUACGGAUCUUGAUGUGCCAAUUCUGGGAAUCGAUAAGAAUCACGAGACAGACACGGUGAUCCCCUUGGGAGGCUCCCUAGAGGACCCAGGUGGUGAUGGAUUGGUUCCUAUUAUGAUUGGAGAGAAGGCUGUGGACCCCGUGACUGGUGCGCUUGCUACCAUCUGUGGCGUGAAGAUGAAUCAGGAGUUUGGCGUGACAGAGCCUGUCACGCUUUCAUCUAGUCCUCAGAGAAAGCGACGUCCACCCCCAGGAUCGGUAAGUAUUGCAAAAGUCUCUUACCCAGGUUCUCUCUUUCGUUGAUUGGUGUCAGGAAGCUAAGGAAUGAGGUUGUCGUGAAGCUGCAUACAAGGCUGGGUAAUUAGGCUUUCCAAACACCAAUCAAUUGAUGAAAAUCUGUUUCAACUCUCCUCAGACACAACAAGGAAGCGUUUUUUAGUCGUUGUGUUUAGUUUAUUUUAGUAAUAUUAGUCUUAAUUAAUUGCCAAAAGCAUUUUUAAAAAUUUGGUGUUGAAGUGAAAGGUGUCAGAUCAAAACGGAAGGGGAAGAUUGAGGCGGUUAAAAAGGUAUGGAACUCUUCUGAAUGCAGAGAGAGAGAAACAAGGAGAUACUGCAUGUCCUUUAGCUGGCUUUCGAAGUUUCCACCUUAAAUAUGUGGGUAGUGCCUCACCUCUCAUAUAUCCGCGUUUCGCGUCUUCUUCCUUGAACCUGAUUAUACCUUUGCUUGUGAACUGUAGGUUGCCCUGUUGGAGGAGGAACUGGCAGGCCGCCGUAGUUUCUGGCGUCGGCAGCGACAUCGUGAAGAUGAACUGACUGAAGUGGAGGCUAACUUAUACAGACAGCUGAUGGAGGAUGAACACGUGACAGCUUAUCAAGUACAUGAACAACUCGAGAACAUAAAAGAGGGUAAGUGACUUGUUUCUUACCAGAACUGGUGUAUGGAGCGUAUUCAUACUCCCACUAAUACGCCUCAACUAGCUUGGCAUCUAUGCUUGUGGACAUUACCCAUUAGCCCCUCAAACAAGGUUACUAGCGCAUGAUGUUAGUACAAAGCAUAAAGAUCGUCCCCCUCUUUUCCAUUGCAAAGCGGCUGAUAUUUGUUAUAAACUCUGUCACUUCCCUCCUUGUUAUUGUAAUGAAUUUAACUCAAAUAAAACUGUUUUCAUAGAAACUGUGUCUCUGGCUGAUGCUGCUCAUCGUGAAGUCCAGCGGCGAACAGAAGCCUCAGUGGAUCACGCGGCCGGCUUGCCUCCUGAUAUUGUAGCUGUUCUGACCAUGUUUGAUGCCUUGGAGAGACAGAAAGAAGAAAGUCAUAAUACUGCUCACAAACGCUUUGCUGAUGCCAUCACCCGCUUCUUUGAUAAACUGCAGACUGAGGAGACCAAGUAUAACAACAGGAUGGAGGAACUACAGGUAGGAUUUUGGCUUUUUGAGGAGUAAGUGUUCAGUUUUCCGGAAAAAAGGUUUCUGGGAAACUGCCCACCUAUCCCUCCCCCGAGCCAUCAUUUUGCCAUAAGUGAGAAGUGAGUGUUAAUGUUGGCUUAGGGGAGGGGUAGGAGGGCAGUUUCCCAGGAACCUAAAUUGAUCCCCUGGUAUGGAGGAGCCCUUAGCUUUUGGGCAAUGAUGAGCAUUUAGCAUUUAUUGACAACAGCCGUCAGCCGCUUGUGUGAUGGUUUAAGGAGUUACUAACCUAUUUAACUCGUUGGGUUUCUCCAGGGAGCACUGAAUCCCGAGGCAGAAGCCGCGGUUACUGAGCGCUUCCAGCAAGCCAAGGCUAGGUUACGUGGGGAAUUGCAAGAUCAGCUUCAGAGCCGCAUGGAACAGUUGGAUGAAGAGCACGCGAAUCUUGAAUACGUCAGAAACAAAGCUGAGAUCUCCGCUUUGGAAGCUAAGGUAGACAUGUUAUAUUCCCUGUAAAAAGCAGUAGCAUAUAUUGCUUAGUGGUCAGUGUUAAAUGUUGGGGUGAGGUAACCUUUUUACAAACAUUAGACGCAGGUUUUAAUACCAAAAUUCAAGAAAACAAGAAGUUUUUUGGUAACCGUGUUGGCCAGGAUCGGAAAGGUCAGCAAUUAUUGCUAAUUUUUAUUUCCUUUUUUUGUAUCCAGCUUAUCCUAACAGGAGGCGCAGUGAUCGCCGGUGAAUAUGAAGUCAUAUUGCCUGGUAUUUACGGUGAUGAUCUUCCUUUGCCGGAGUCCAACAGAGAGCUGUUGCCACUUCUUCAGCGCCUUAUCCGCUUGUUGGAAGAGGGCAUGCCAGUAUUGAUGAACUCCGCUGGACAGGUUGUCGGAGGUGGAUACGCUGUGCUUGGCGGCGGUGCUAAGUUUGAUGUCAUUAGCGCCGGUGGAGCUGCCGCUGGUGGCAGUGGAACUGACAGAGUCACUGCUAUUGGUAUGUAGGAUUCUAAACUGCAAACAGUUUUUUUAAAAUUAUUGCCCAGCGAGCAUCGAGGAAAACAUGACUGUUUUGAGGUCUAGUUAGAUCGUGUCUCAUUGGACUUAUCUCUAGUGUAUUUUGCGGUCUGUAGUAUCAAAAACACGUGACAUAUGUUUUUGGCUAUCUGUCCAGAAUGACACAACAUAUUCUUUGGAGCAAAGGUUAGCGUUAGGGUGAAUUCUCUCAAGCCUUUCACUUCCAGAGAGAGACUGUCUUGUGAUGGUGUGACCAUUCAAAUGAAACCUCUUAAAAACUUUCACAUGGUACUAUUUGUUUUAAGCAUUUUGCAAGAUGUCACUUAGAAAUUUUGGCCAACUUUUACAGUGAAAAGAUUAAUUUGGUCGUAUUUUGUGUUAUUUAGGACCUACAUUGUUGAUGUCCCCAACAAGCGUUACCUCUGAAAGAACUCAACAGGCGUCAGCUAUGAUGUUAGCGCCACAGCACACGCCGAUGGGUACAACCAUCUCUGCCACAGAAAUCCUUUCUAAAGUAGAGGUUGGACAGAUGGGAGAAAAGUUCAGCUCUGAGGCUGUAAACAUCGCUGAAAUCGCCGCAUCGGGCGGGCUGACAGAAGAGAAGCGAAAAGAGAUUACAAAGAACCUCAUGGAGAAGCAUACGCUUGAAUGCGCACAGUUGGAGAAUGAACUCAGGACGAAUGAGAUAAAGGUGAUAUCUGAGGUUAUACAGGCGUAUGAGGAGAGGAAGAGCAAAGCUGUCGCUGAUUUACAGGUAAAGCUCGUUGUUAACGGUGCUUUAAGGGUAUUGUGUUAAAUCAUAAGUCUGUGUUUGUCUUGAUAACAGAAAAAUACUUCGGAACAGGGUCUUGUUUUAUCCCGCAUGUUCACAAACAUCUGUAACUGAGCAGACACAGAGCAAAAUUUGUUUAACUGAUCCGGGGAUGACGCAUACCUUACUUUAAACUAUUUCAGGAGGAGCUGAAAGAGAGAUUACGAAAAGCCGAGAACGAAGAUGAGAAAGAAGCACUGAUAAAGGAAUACUCAGACAAGAUGGCGGCUGCUCAAGACAAUAUUGAACAACAAAAACAGAAGAAGUUGCGAGAUGUCAGAAAACUUUUGAAAGAAGAGAGAAAGAGGCGCAAGAAAGAGCUUUUCAAGUAUGUCUUUUAGUCGUGUUUUACUUACUUUUAAGGUUUUACAAGAAAAACUAUUUGCAAGCUAAGUAAUUCUUUUAUAACUGUGUCUGAUUUUUCCCGCCGUUUUAGCCGCCACAAGGAGGAAGCCCGCGCAGCAGGAGUCAGUGACGUUGUCGAUCUCGAUCUCCCGGAUGAAGACGAACUUGACAAAGAGCUGAUUUUAUUGGCUCAGCAACAAGAGAAACUAUUGGCUGAAUUGGCGUUGGCGUAUGAGCAGGAGAGUGAGCGGGAAAGAGAGGAGAUGGAGUCUGGAAGGCGGGAGGCGUUUGAUAAAGAGAUGGAAGCUCGUGUUCGAGCCAUGAACUUGUCAGUGGCUCCAGAAGAGAUCGAGGGUGCAUUUGAAGAGGUCAGAGAGGUGAGGAAACACAAACAGUUCGGAAAGAACAGCUCAAUUGUUUUCAGUGGCAUGCUCACUCUGCGUGAAUUGUACACAGACAUUUGAGUACCACUGUAGCUGACUGCUAAAGCCCUUUCUCUUGUAUGGUCACACACAGCGAUUUCAUCCAUCGACUUAAAAUUAGAACCCCUUUGUAGGGCAUAGUAAACAGUACCACAGGAAAUAAUUGUUCAGUAGCUUUCAUUUUAGACUGCAAAACAGUCGGGUUUUUUUCUUAAAAUCGGUCCAGCGUAGCGUAAGACUCUCAUGCGCGAAGUGCGCGAACGUCUCUCCCCAGUCUUGCUCUCCGUUGUCGCUUAUUGGCUAAAUCAAAUCAUCACGGUAGUUCAACACUGUCUUUCAGGAAGAGGGUUUUCAUGCUUAGUUUUUUGUUUUGUUUUGUUUUGUUUAGCUUCACUCACGAGCAGCUUCCAGAAGAGUCAACAUGAAGGAGAAGAUGAAGGAACGCAAGGAACGUAAGAGAUCCAAAAAGACUGAAGAGGAACUGAAAGAGGAGCUAAAACACGUGAAACCCGGGUCCCCUGAGGAAGCUGAGAUUCUGGAGGCACUGGAACAGAGAGAGAAUGCAGACAUGCACAGAGAACAGGCAGCAUUGCUUGCUGUUUUGGCUGAAGUGGAGGCUGAACAGGAAGACACGAAACGAAAACAGGUGUGAAUUUAAUCUUACGUUUGCUUCGUUUGGACGUCGCAGGUAUAAAUAAAACUGAUUUGGCUAUUUUUUCCUCGAGAGGAAGGAUGAAGAGAGUUAUCCCCAAACCCUCUCUCACUGCUUGCACAUCUCUGCCCGUCUCUUUGAUAUUUAAAAGUUCGAGACAAAUGAAAGACGGCUAUGGAUCAGUCUGUCAGUCAGUCAGUACUGAUUGGUCUGGUACGGAUAGGCUUCAUUUCCAUUUGGCUCUGAGUUUUUCAUUUGUCCCACCCACCUGCUACUCUCACAGUUUCUACUAUUAUAAUUGUACAAGACGCAAUUUGAAUUUGGUAAAGAUGCUUUUCUUUCUCUCUUUUCUCCAAGGUUGUACAAAAUCUGUUGAAGAAAACUGAGAUGACUGAAGAAAAACAAAAGCAGAUCGUUGCCAAAUACUUGGAAGAAGCAGAAGAAAUGAAAGAACGGUAUAACGAUAUGCAGAAACACAGCAGAGCUGUGCUGGCAGCCAAACUUGCGGCUAGAAGACGGCUGAAGGAGGACAUGAGAAAGGAACAAGCUAUGAAGAAGGAACUCAAAGAGAUGGCCAAGAAACAGGUAGAUUAUCAAAGGAACAAUACAAAGUUUGGAUAUUUCUUUUAGCAUUGAAUGCAUUGAGCUGCGAUAUUGUUUAGCUAGUUCUCGCAACUUCGCUCAGCGCGGUCCGUUCUUCGUAUUUUUGUCUGAUAAUGAUCCAAAACGUGGAUAACGACUUCUGUAAUGAUUUGUCUAUUCCCCACUUCAGAAACCCUAAGACGAAUGGGUACAAGCUUUUGGUGCAGUGAUUUCUGGGAUUGUUUGGGUGGACAAGCGUUGGUUAUGAUUGGUCGAUGGUAUUCAAGGCAACCAAUGACCAAUCAUAAGUAAGGCUAGUCUACCAAAAUGAUGCUAGAAAUCGUUAAGCUGAAAGCUCGUACCCAUUCCCCUUGAGGUUCUGGAGAGGGGAAUAGAGUUGACUGUAUUCUCUCGUCCAUCAGGCUGAGUUAUCCGGUGAUCAAGCCACUCUUCAGGUGUUAGAAGCAGCAGACGCACAAGUAUCAGAAGAGGUGAACAAAGAACUAGAGCGUCUGGCUGAACAACAGAUUGAGCAGCAAACUGCUCUGGAAGUAAAACAGGCGGAGGAGAUGAUGGCCUUAGAGGAAGAGCUUAAGAACGAAGAAAUGUCUGGCGGCCAUCAAGUUGUUGAUCAGAUUGAGGAACAAAAACUCAAGGUGGGUUAACAGCUUGAACGACUGGCGUAAGGAGAAAUCCGCUUAAUCGUUCACCACAGAUACGUAAGAGAUCAUUGUUGUGACGGUGGCAUGAAUACCAUAUCCUUAGUAAUAACAAGAGUGUUUGAAAAGCUGGAUUUGACAACGGGAAAAGUGUUAAAUCAAUCUGCAAUCAGUCCGAUUUACAUUUUUCCAUGCCUCGUGUCUGGAUAUCCCAAAGUAACACUCUUCCUAUUGCUUUUUAACCUUAUUUAAACCCGAUUUACUCCUGGCAAAACUUGCAACACUUUAGAAGAUCAGUUUCGUAACUAAUUUAUUUGUUAUUGUGUAGCUGAUCGAAGCAAAGAAGGAGACGUUUCAAAAGGAGAUGUCUCGCAAGCGGGACGACUUGUCACAAGAACAAGCCGACAUGUUGCUUGAACAGCACAAACAAGAAUUGGAGUUCCUUUCACGCAGCAUGGAAGUUGAGAAGCAGCGACAGUUAGCUUCACUGGGUGACAAGAUCGCUGAGAGAAAGAAGCGCAAGGCAGCAGCACUACAACAAAGACACAAAGCUGAGAUGGCAAAGGAAACGAUGAACCAACAGGACCAGAGACAGAAAGUCGAAGAUGACAAGGUGAAUACUGUCAAAAUUGAAAGGAAAAGUCAUUGAAAAUUUCACCUUGUAUCUAGCCUACCACGCAGACGUUGGUAUAAUUUCGGCAUAACGAUCGAGAAUGCGUAACGUCUGCGUCGAAGGUUAAAUCAUCUUCUUCUUUCGCCCACCCCUCGACCCGUCUACCCGUCUCCCCCACCCCUCUAAAAAAAAUAAACGACAGGGAUGACAAAAAUAUUCAUCGAUAUGGCUGUUUUAACUUGUCUUUGUUCAAUCAUAGAUUCGCGAAGCUCAGAAGUCAGCCCUGAUUAAUGCGGUUCAAAGCCUGGACAGUGAGCAGGCAGGGAAUACUAUUUACCAGGUGUUACAACAGAGGCACAUGCAUGAGAGGGUGAAGCUUGAGGAACAGUUUAACCGGGAGAUUGACGCUGCCAAGGCCGAAGCGCGGGCUCAAAUGGCCGAGAAUCGCCAACUGGAGAGAGAAGAAGUGGUAGCUCAACAAGAAAAGGUGAGAAAUAUGUCGUGUAUCGACGACUUAAGUUUCACUCAAAGAUAAUCAUACGUUUGAUAUGCAAGAAGCUGUACAGCGCUUAGUUCUAUUAAACUAAACAUUUGCCUUUAGGAAUUCAUGGAGCUGAUUGCGAAGUCCAACUCGAUGAGCACCGCCGAACUGUCUCAGAAGAAGGCUGAACUUAAGUUACAGCAUAAGGUAUUUAACGUACUCUUUCGGUUUGUAGUUCUUUUCCAUGUUCACCAAAUCCAAAGUGUAAUCUUUUGACUUUUAUUGAUAAGACUUUCUUAAGCCGAAACUUGUUUACAGAAAAUUGUACCUUAAAAGCUUUGAGACUUUGUUCGUUUACAGUUUUGUUUCAUUUCAAAGUUAUUUUCUUCAAAGUCAUUCAAAGUCAUUUUCUUCAAUCAUCAAACAGAAACAACUCGCCCAGUUUGACGCGGAAACUCAACAGAAAAUGGCCCAAGCCGAAAUGGAUACCUUACCUUCUUUGGAGGUCAAACACGCGCAUGCCAGACUCGAACUUCGAGAAAGACAGCUGCAGGAACUCGCUGGUACCAUGAGCGAACUUUCAACUGAAGAGGUAUGAAUGUUUCUUUUAAAAAAAGUGUUUUGUUUUGUCUGCCUGUUAUGCCUCCAGUCUUCAUUGCUUUCAUUUAUUGAAAUCCAAAACAACGCCCAUGUACUCCGUGUUAAAAUGGAAGUCUCGUCUGCUUCAUUUGUGUGAUGACACACCACAGACCCCUGCUUGACUAAAACUUUUGCCCUUUUCCUUCGCUUUAUCGCGAGUUGCAUGUUUCACGCUCUUUGUAUGUGUUACACGUUUGCUUCAAUGAGCAAGGGUUGCAUAGUUUAUCACUCUUUUCACGAGUUACAUAUCCUCUGGCGCUUUAAACUGAUUCUGUUUCUGCGCUUGCUUCUAACAGUCCCGUGGAACACAAUGUAUAAUAAGGCCAUUCUUGUUUUUUCCGUUGUACGGUAGGAGUUGAUCAAAAACUACGCGGAGGAAGCCGAGCGUGCCUCACAAGCAGCCAAAGAAUAUCGCGACCAAACCAUGUUUGAAAUGGCGGAGAAGAUCAACAGAAUAAAAGCUGAACGGCAACAGCAGAGCGAGGAACAAAAGAGGAAAAUGGACGAAGAAGUCAAGUAAGAAAUAACAGUUUGAGUGUGUUACUUUUAAAAACAAAUGAUUGGUUUAAUGAUUAGUAGCAACAAUGCUUUACGUAUCCUACGGGACGACGAAAAUAAACUUCAGCUAACCUUGUUGUGAAAUGUCUCUUUCAGGCGCCUUGAGGCUGAGCUGGAGAAAGAAAGAGAGCGCGAGGAACUGAGACUUGCGGACAGAGAGGCGGAGAGAGCUGCUAAACGGGUGAAGGCGGCACAGGAAGCAGACGCUGCUAAGCAACUGGCAAUGGCUCAGAGAGGAAUGACGGAAGACGAAAAGGAGGUCAGUAAAACGGUCCACUCAGGGGUGGUGCUGGGAUGAACAGUAGAGUUGAAUGAAUGGGCGGGGGAGGAGAAAAGUCAAUUGAAGGGCUCUUUAAGAGACGGGUUGGGGUAACUGUAAAGAUGAAUGUAUGGGUCAUAGGUAUGUAACUGUAUGGUUUAAUAAUAAAAGAGUCAGAGGAGGGAAAGUCGGGACUCCAAAUGCUUGGUAGGGGACCACGGGAGAAGGGGAAGGUAGAGAAGAGGUGCACUAAGGGAGGACUAGAUGUUUCAGUAAUGAUUCGUUUUUAUCCGUUUUCAUGCGUUAUAAUGCUUAGUAAUAGACAGAGUGCAAUAAGCUAAGUGGACUAUUGUACAGGUGCAGAACAAAUGCAAACAAAGAAAACAAGAGGUCUAGGGAAAUUUUUUUAGGAGCUCUCUUGAAUACAAUUUUCGUUCUUUCUGUGAUGUUUAGAAACUUAUGAAGGAGCACGAGGAAAACAUGGCUAAAUUCGAAGCAAACCUAAAGAAAGAACAAGACCGAACAAAGGCUGCUCUCCGCGAGAAACUUGAGGCAAGAAGAAAGAAAAAGAAAGAAGACGAAAUGAAGAAGAUCAAGGCAACAGCUAAGGUUGAAACGGAGGCUGCUGAACAGAAAGAAAGAGAAGAAAUGACGGCAUUACAAAAAGAAGGAGCGGAGCUUCUAAAAGCAAGCACGCCAGCUGUUCCAAGGGCUCCCUCGGACACACGAAAGAAGGCAACAGGUAAUAAACACUAACAAUACACAAUAAUCAGUUGAUGAUUAGAGAAACAGUGUGCAGUUCCAUGCUAUGUAGUUAAAUUUACUUCUUUACACUUUUCUCUUUCUUAACACUUUCCUUUUCUGUGCACAUAUGUCUACAAAUCAUGAUAAUUUCUUACCUUUGAUAAUGAUGAAAUGAAGACCUCGAAACAUUUAGUUACUGUCGUACUGCUGAUUUUUGUUUUAAAUUUUAAAUAGUUCUCAGAAGAUUAAAUUGUCAAUCUUUAACCUUGCCUUUAGACGAGCUCCCUAUCACAGAAAGCUUACUUACCUCAGCGGAUAGCCAAGUUAGCGCAGGCGCUACACCAGUAAUCACUGCUGGACUGCCUGCAGGCGUAUCAGAACAAGACUGGGUCUCAAUGCUGAUUGGUUCUCCAAUCUUCGACAGCGUAAAUGAGAUUGAAAACAUGUUGAAAAAUAACAUUGGCGAGGGAGGAGUAGCUGGGGCAAAAGGCGGGCGGCCCUACAUUGAUAUCAAAGACGCUCAGUGGUACUGCCGGGGAGACUUGGUACCUGUGGACAUCAAUGAACUGAGCCCGGCCAACUUCGUCGUCUAUCGCUUCGGAGUUUUUAUCACUCAGAUGUUGCAAAAAGCCAUGGACACACCGGAAGUGACGUUGCUCCUUGCUUCUAAUUUGCCUCCAAACAAUUAUGAACGAAACGCCUUCCGGAAUUCAUUUUUCUACGAGCAUGCACGCAGGGUGUUGUUUGUGCGACAAGAAAGAAUGGAGUCCGUUGGUGACUUCUUGGUAGUGAUUAUGCAUGCCUUAUCGCACAUAAAGAUUGAUGAUCUCGUUGACGAUCAGAACCCACUUUUCCUGAGAGAAUUCUAUAAGGUAGUAACUUUUUAUCCAUGUUAAUUUACGUCUCACGGAGUUUUCAGGGAACUUUGUUUUUUAGAUACAGUCAGCUGUUUCUAAUUCGGAAACCUUUGGGACCGCCACAGUAAGUGUCCCGUCUUAGGGUGAUGUCAAAUAAAGGGAAUAAAGAAAGGCGGGGACCAGCUCUAGGCGUUCGUUUUACGGAGGUCUCCGUCCUAAAGAGAUGUCCGCCAUUAGAGAGAGAUGUCAACUGUAGUUUUUAUCGCGAAUUUCAUCUACCAAAGAAGUCCCUGAAAAUUGGUGAGCCAAAAUUAGACGCUAAAAAUGGUGUUUUUGAUUCUCUGACGACAGUUAGUUUUCUGUACAAAAAAGGUGGUCCCUUGAAUAAACUGUUCCUGAAAGCGCUAUGGAAGUUAGUGUCCUUGUAGUUGGCUUUUUCUUACUAUUGUUUGAUUACGUUCUUUCUUUAACCCUUUUGAGCUGGGUAGCACAUUUUUAAAUAAAGUCCGAUUUCUCGUUUUGUUUUACCUUACAACUAUUGUCCAACGUUUUCUUUUCCUCGGUCUUAGUGUAUUAUCUUUGAUCCUAGCUUUUCUGCCUUUCUUUAUUGAUAUAUUGUUUUCCUGAUUUUCCAGGCGUUCCGUAUUUGUUGUCAAGACUUGUUCUUUGCGCGCUCCCGGAACACACCCACUGCCCAAGGACUUGUGGGUAAUGUGUCAAGCGCCAAUCCGCUUGAGGCGGCUUUCAAGCCGGCGAGGUCAAUGACCGAGCGUGUCAAUGUAGUGGGAGAACUGGUGAACAUUAAGGUGUCCAGUCCAGUCGAUGCUGACUUUUCAAUACAAGUACGUUAGCUUUGACAUAUGAUCAAUAUCAAUAUUUCUUAGCUUAAUUUUGGAUAAUAUUUGUGGUACGCAAUUAUGUAGGCUCAUCAGUUUUCUGUCUAUUAUCCUUCAGGGAGUCACAGAACGUCUUGCUAGGAAGAACGCAUUCCUCACCCGGGCCAAACUGAAGGAGUACCUCUCAUCUGCACAUGCGCCGUCUUCGAGGAAAGAAGAAUUCGCCAUGACGAGGCUCAAAGAGCUAAGAGGCGAGAAGACUGGAGAGGAGAAGAGGUGAGUUUUGAACCAUUUGAUGCGCAAUUUUUCUUCGCCCUUCAGACGUGCUUCGUUCAGUGAAUUUUCUGGCAUUUACUGAAAGUUAAUUCGAAGUUAGGAAGGCUUUUCCCAUUAGUUCUUUUUCCUUUACUCGCUCACUCAUUCAUUCAUUCGUUCAUUAGUUUAUUCAUUCUCCUUUCUGGUCGUCUCCAUCCGUUUAUUCAUCGAUUUCCGGAAAAUAAUAGGUACGAUAGCUAAUACGAAAACUACCUCUUAAUAAAGAGUUCUCUAAAGGUAGAGUAAGAAAAUUCUGGAUUGUCAGGAGCCAACAACUUCCUUUUACUUGUGUCACGGCGUUGUCACCGACUAUUUUAUUUUUAAGAACGAUUUUAGCAUAUCUUUUAAGUCCCACAGAGCAGUCAGCAAAACCGUGGCACGUGAUUUUUGACCUUUAAAUGACGUUUAGUUUUCGUUUGUUUUGGUAUCUUAUACUUCGAUUACCCUCAUAGACGGAGCAGAGCCUCCAUUUUGGUGGAAAAAACUGCUCUAAAAUGUAUCUAAAAAUAAACCGGUCGUUGAAAACGCCGUGGUGUAGGCCAAGUAUGGGAGUUGCUCGCUCUCUGUUAUGGGCUCCUUUGAUUGUACCAAUACGAGAUUCUACAACUGAUGUCAUUGCCAUUUCCAAUCUAGACCCAAGUCUCGUACGGCGGGCGUCAAAACAGGUAUGAAAUCACCGAAGGAACUUCUCGAGAGGCAAAUCAACGAUCUAGAAGGACGCGUGGACUCCCUUAAUUCUGAGUUGGCUCAAGUGUUGAAAACUGAGUCUGACCUGAAUUUCACCAUUAACGAAAUGGAAAAUGACAGUAAUAUAUCAGACGACAGGUUACAGGUCUUGCGACAACAGCUCAACAGUGCUGAACAGCGCAAAGACAAUCUGUUGAACAAAGUAGACUAUCUCGAGGAAGAAAUCAAUAAGAAGAGCAAAGAGUUAAAGGCCUUAAAAUGAGUAGGGACUGGGGUGAGUAACUAUUAGAGACCGCUUGGCUUAAACGUUCACUCUUUCGACGAAGAUUAAGGUGUUCUUUAGCGAGUUAAAUGGUUAAACACCAAGAAAUAUUUUUUGUAGAAUGGAACAUUUUUAAAGAUCAAAGCUAAUUGUAGUAGAUUUAAACAAUAUUUCAUGUAAAUAGUAGUAGAUUAACUGACUCAAACAAUAACUGAAGGAUAGUUUAGUUACAGGAUAUUUAUUUAGGCUUGCUUGUAUUGUAUUUAUAGUUGAAAGUGAAUGCCUUUCGAAGUGAAUUAUUCUUUUUUUGUCUUUUCUUGUCAAUUAACAAAUACUCCCAAUUUUCUUAAUUUAUGGGAUGUGUUAAAGCAAUAUAAUUUUGUCGACACUCAGAACUCAAAUUUGUCACUACUAAUUGUCCAUGAAUUAUCUUUAUAUAGUUGACGAAAUUUUCAAUAUUUUUGUAUCUUAGUGUUCAUUUUCUUAUCCAUUUACAAAUU